AGCUGCUGUCGCUGCCGGGGAGCCACAAGAAGCGCCUUCUCCGUCGCCGGAGCGCGCUCGGCAUUUGCUUUCCCGCCGCUCCCGUCACCUCCUCCCGCCUCAGCCUUUUGUCCCAGCGGCACCAUCUCUCCUCAGCCGCUCGACCUCGGCUAAACCGAUAGAGGGGAAUUCCCCGGCGCCUCGCUCCACCCGGCGCGCGCGCGCUCCAGAGCUGAGGGGGCGCAUCUGGCCGCCUUCUCACGGCUCCUCCCGCGCGCUUUGUUGCCGCCGCGCUGAGGGGGCCGGGCCGGCCGCGGCAUAGCUCAGGUAGAGAGGCGGGAAAAGGACCCCGGGCCCGGCUCGCGUCUUCGCGCCUGUUCUGUUGUCGUGCAUGUCCGCCUCCCCCUCGACGCUGCUCCCCGGCGACCCUCGGACACCACCACCAUGUCCUUGGCUUUCUGUGGCAGCGAGAACAACUCGGCUGCCUACCAGGUGAACAACGGGGUGCUCAACAACGGCUGCUUCGUGGACGCGCUCAACGUGGUGCCUCACGUUUUCCUCCUGUUCAUCACCUUCCCCAUCCUCUUCAUCGGUGAGUAAGGGGCGCCUGGGGAAGCGGAGCCGCCGGGCGUACAUUUCCCUCCCCCGUUCCCGGUCUGCGGCGCCCGAGCCUGUUCAUUCGCAGGCAUCCAUCCGAGCAGACAGGCGAAGGAAGCAACGACGGCUUUGCUGAGCUAUGCUGACCUGCUUUCCCCAGCAGCAGCAGGGGCAGCAUCCUUCCCUAGCUCGGACGCAAAGGCUUUAGAGAGCAUCUUCCUAGGAAAAGCACUGGCGGCGGCAGGAAAUGCUUGUCAGGCUCCUUUUGCCUUCGUCCCGCUCAUUUAUUUGGGGGCAGGUGUGAAGUGCAGCCCAUCUUUUUGCAGACCUAGCUCAACUGCCUGGCGUCCUGAAUAAGUCAGAACAUGGAUCGUGUGUGCCUUGAAAAAGGGCUGAAUGAAGUCAAGGAAGGUUAUGGAGAGGAGAGGAUUUAAACAUAUUAGGGUUUAGUCAAACAGAGGAAAGAAGAAAGCAUUGCUGCAAUGGACCUCCUUUUGGGUUGUUGUUUUUUUAAAAAAAAAUGGGUUCCCUAGUUUAAAACUAGGUGUGCACUUCUUUUACUGGUCCAGCAGUAGUUUGUAGUCUAACUUUAACUGGAAUGCUACCAGUCAUGCCCGUGAACCAUUAUUUGUUUAUUCGUUUAUGUAUUUGUAUUUUAUUUAUUUAUUCAAUUUCUAUACCAGCCUUCUUCCGAAGAUCAAUAGAAUCAGAGUUCUAGGUCAUGAACACAUAAUGGCACAAAUCCUGUUUUAAAAAACAAAUAAAUUUUCUAGACUUCUUUUUCAAGAGGAAUACUGAAAGAGCUGUGUAAGAGAAAUGCACAAAUUCAGCACCAUUGUUGAUGUCCUUUGGCAAUGUCUAUUCACCUUAAAGCUAAAGGACUGGCUUGUUGAUAAUUCCCAGUGUUUCCAUAUAAUCAGUCUUUUACUUCAAGAAGUAUAUUGUCUGACCAUGCAAAGCACUUCAGACAAUAUGAAUUUUUUUCCAUUCAGUGAUGGUGUGAGGACUCUGAUUCUGCAAGUAUUACAUCCACCUGCUAGAAAGAGUGCUAUAGCUCUUUCCUCUCACCACUAUUUUCUAAACCUUGGUUUUUAAAAGAAGUUUUAAUAUGUAUAGAUUGAUUACUCAUUUUGAGCAUAUGAACUUAUUUGAUGUAUAACCCCAGGCUACCUUCCACUUUUUGCUGUGGGUGUUAUAUUUGUAAGUAGUGUACCAGUGAGGUUCCCCCACACUUCCUUCCCAUUCUGACAAUACCCUUCCUGCCUAGACAGAAGCACAAACUGAUAACCUAGGCAGGUGAAACUAAUAUACUAGGCAGUAUGACUGGCUUUCCAUGAAAAAAUACACAAUGCACUCUAUAUAAUAUUGAACACAAGAAAGUCAUUUGUACUGCACAAAUGCUGUAAUCCCAAACCCACUGACUAGAAAGUAAGUCUCACUGAAGUUAAUGAGACAUUUUUGAUGGGGGGGAGAGAGGGAUAUUUAGUUAUAUCUCGCCAUUCUUCUUAGGAGUUUAAGGGGACAUACAUAUUCCUCGCACAAUUUUAUCAUCACACCCAGCAUGUGAGGUGGGUUAGGCUGAGAGAUAGUAACUGGCCUAGGGUUAGGCAGUGAAUUUCAUAACAUAAUGGUGAUUUGAACAUGGGUCUCCCAGGUCCUAGUCCACUGCAUUAAACACCAACAUGCUAAUCAUUGCUGGAAUGAAUCUGGGGUGUGUUUACACUAAUAGUGUGGAAAGCCCCUUCUUAUUGACUUACGUGGAACUAGCACCUAGUGUUCAGUUUCUCAAUCAUAUAUACAUUGAUGUUCCAACUAUAGAGCAAAUUCAGAGUUCUUGCUUUGAUUUAGCUUUUAACUAGAUUACAAGAGUCUAAAUAUAAAGGAUAUUCGAUCCCAUCUGUAUCUUAUUUUAGACCCUUAAUGCAGUUAUGAUGUUUUAAUCAAAUGUUUCUAAUUUUGUUUCCCUUUCAUGUUUAAAAGCAAAAGAUCUAUACUUCUGUUUCCAGUUCAGAAUGGACAGGUCCAUGCAUUUUUUUAUUCACUUUUUUCUGCACAAAACUCUCAGGAUAAUUGUGAUUAUUUGCUUUCUUACAUUUAGGGUGGGGAAGUCAAAGCUCCAAAGUUCAUAUCCACCACAGUACUUGGCUUCAUUUUCCUGGUCACAAUUUACGCUGGAUUUUGACUUUCAUUCUUUUGUUUGUGCUGGUAUGUGAAAUAGCUGAGGGUAUAGUGUCUGAUGGGUAAGUACAUAAUUGGAUUUUUUUCCAUUUUCACAAUACUUUCCCAUUUUUAACGCAGUUGUACGCAACUUGCUAUACACAAGUUUGUUUACUGCCAACUCUGCUUGUUAGAAAUGUAAUCUGUGUUCGAGGUGAUUAACCUACUGGCUUGUGUCAGAUAUUCCAAAGACCUCGCCAAGAAUGUGUGUGUACAAAUACACAUACACUCUAAAUUAUCUUUAGCUAGCCAGUUCAUUCUGUCCAUUUGCCAACUCUCUUGUGAAAAUUUGCUGCAUCCUCUAUGGAUGAAAAAGAUCAUAGGAAUCCAGAGUCAGAGACAAGAUGAGACCCUUCAUUGCACUAUUCUGUCAAGCAGAGCAGCUGAAAGGGAGCCCCAAACUUAUAAAAAUUACAUCAAAUCCCCUUAAAAAACAAAACUCAACAUGAUACAUUGUGCAUUGGGAGAUUCAGAUAAUUUCAGCCAAUAGCACUAUCAUGACAUACUUAGAAUCAUAGAAUCAUAGAAUCAUAGAGUUGGAAGAGACCACAAGGGCCAUCGAGUCCAACCCCCUGCCAAGCAGGAAACACCAUCAGAGCACUCCUGACAUAUGGUUGUCAAGCCUCUGCUUAAAGACCUCCAAAGAAGGAGACUCCACCACACUCCUUGGCAGCAAAUUCCACUGUCAAACAGCUCUUACUGUCAGGAAGUUCUUCCUAAUGUUUAGGUUGAAUCUUCUUUCUUGUAGUUUGGAUCCAUUGCUCCAUGUCUGCUUCUCUGGAGCAGCAGAAAACAACCUUUCUCCCUCCUCUAUGUGACAUCCUUUUAUAUAUUUGAACAUGGCUAUCAUAUCACCCCUUAACCUCCUCUUCUCCAGGCUAAACAUGCCCAGCUCCCUUAGCCGUUCCUCAUAAGGCAUCGUUUCCAGGCCUUUGACCAUUUUGGUUGCCCUCCUCUGGACACGUUCCAGUUUGUCAGUGUCCUUCUUGAACUGUGGUGCCCAGAACUGGACACAGUACUCCAGGUGAGGUCUGACCAGAGCAGAAUACAGUGGCACUAUUACUUCCCUUGAUCUAGAUGCUAUACUCCUAUUGAUGCAGCCCAGAAUUGCAUUGGCUUUUUUAGCUGCCGCGUCACACUGUUGGCUCAUGUCAAGUUUGUGGUCAACCAAGACUCCUAGAUCCUUUUCACAUGUACUGCUCUCAAGCCAGGUGUCACCCAUCUUGUAUUUGUGCCUCUCAUUUUUUUUGACCAAGUGAAAUACUUUACAUUUCUCCCUGUUAAAAUUCAUCUUGUUUGUUUUUGCCCAGUUCUCUAAUCUGUCAAGGUCGUUUUGAAGUGUGAUCCUGUCCUCUGGGGUGUUAGUCACCCCUCCCAGUUUGGUGUCAUUUGCAAAUUUGAUCAGGAUGCCCUUGAGUCCAUCAUCCAAGUCAUUGAUAAAGAUGUUGAAUAAGACCGGGCCCAAGACAGAACCCUGUGGCACCCCACUAGUCACUCUUCUCCAGGAUGAAGAGGAACCAUUGAUGAGCACCCUUUGGGUUCGGUCAGUCAGCCAGUUACAAAUCCACUGAGUGGUAGCAUAGUCAAGACCGCAUUUUACCAGCUUCUUUACAAGAAUAUCAUGGGGCACCUUGUCAAAUGCCUUGCUGAAAUCAAGGUAGGCUACAUCCACUGCGUUCCCUUCAUCUACCAGGCUUGUAAUUCUGUCAAAAAACGAGAUCAGGUUAGUCUGACAUGACUUAUUUUUCAGAAAUCCAUGCUGACUAUCGGUGAUCACAGCAUUCCUUUCUAGGUGCUCACAGACUGUUUGCUUAAUGAUCUGCUCCAGAAUCUUCCCUGGUAUUGAUGUCAGACUGACUGGGCAGUAAUUAUUUGGGUCCUCUCUUUUCCCCUUUUUGAAAAUAGGGACAACAUUUGCCCUCCUCCAGUCUGCCGGGACUUCGCCUGUUCUCCAGGAAUUCUCAAAGAUGACUGCCAGUGGUUCUGAGAUCACAUCUGCCAGUUCUUUUAAUACUCUUGGAUGCAGUUCAUCUGGCCCUGGAGACUUGAAUACAUCUAAACUAGCCAAGUAUUCUUGUACUAUCUCCUUAGUUAUUCUGGGCUGUGUUUCCUCUGCUGAAUCAUUUGCUCCAAAUUCUUCAGGUCGGGCAUUGUUUUCUUUAUCGGAGAAGACUGAGGCAAAGAAGGCAUUGAGGAGUUCAGCCCUUUCUGUGUCCCCUGUUUGCAUUUCACCAUCUUCUCCUCUGAGUGACCCCACUGUUUCUUUGUUCUUCCUUUUGCUACUGACAUACCCAUAAAAGCCUUUUUGUUGCUUUUAACCUCUCUAGCAAGCCUGAGUUCAUUCUGUGCUUUAGCUUUUCUGACUUUGUGUCUACACGUGCUGGCUAUUUGUUUGAAUUCCUCUUUGGUGGUUUCCCCCUUUUCCAUUUUUGUACACAUCCUUUUUAAUCUUAACUCAGUUAAAAGUUCUUUAGAUAGCCACCCUGGCUUCUUUAGGCACCUUCCAUGUUUCCGUCUCAUUGGUAUUGCCUGAAGUUGUGCUUUUACUAUCUCCCUCUUAACAAACUCCCAGCCAUCACGAACUCCCUUUCCUUUUAGUAUUACUGUCCAUGGGAUCUCACCCAGCACUUCCCUAAGUUUUAUGAAGUCGGCUUUCUUAAAGUCAGGAAAUUGAGUCCUAGUAUGCUUGGCUGCUCCUUUCCGCUGUAUAGUAAACUUCAGAAGAGCAUGAUCACUCGCGCCUAAUGAUCCUUCCACUUCUACCCCACUAACCAGGUCAUCAACAUUGGUUAGGACCAGAUCUAAAAUGGCUGUUCCUCUUGUUGCUUCUCCCACUUUCUGGACAAUGAAGUUGUCUACAAGGCCAGUGAGGAAUCUGUUUGACCUUAUGCUCUUGGCUGAGUUUGACAUCCAACAAAUAUCCGGGUAAUUGAAGUCCCCAUUACUACUAUCUCCUUCCUUUUGCAUGCUUGGCCAUCUGUUCCAGGAAGGCAUCAUCUAUGUCCUCCGUUUGGCUUGGGGAUCUAUAGUAAACUGCCACAAUGAGGUCACUGUUAUUCUUCUCUCCCUUAAUUUUGACCCAAAUGCUCUCACUUUGGCUUUGAGGUUCUAAAUCUUGGAUCUCUUCACAGGUAUACACAUCCCUGACAUAUAACGCCACUCCUCCUCCUUUCUUGUCUGGUCUGUUUCUCUGAAAUAGAUUGUAUCCCUCCAUUAUUACAUUCCAAUCGUGGGACUUAUCCCACCAGGUUUCAGUGAUGCCUAUUAUGUCAUAUUUAGUUUGCUGUACCAAGAGCAAAAUUAUGUAAAAUGUUGCUAAAAUUACUAGAAAUGCCAGUUGAUUUUGUUUUGCUGCUUAAACAAACCUGGAGUAGCAGCUAUUUCAAACAUUUAUUUGGAUCCUAAGUUGCUCCUCCAUUCACAUUUGUGGGAAUGCCAUUUUGAAGGGUCUCCCUGGAGCAAGAGGCUGCAGACUGCUGUAGAGGUCUGCAAGGGGAAGGGGGAGAAGCUCCAUUAGAGGACUGUUAAGUUGGACCCAUUCACAGAAAGAAAGUUCGUAUCAGAGCCAAUGUCUGUUGUUAUCUGAAGUUCAUGUCCUGUACUUAAGAAAUGCUAGCACAUACUGAAGAGCAUCUGAAGAGCAAUCAGCAGUACAGAAAGUAACUCAGUGAAUUUAAAAGGGGAUUACAACAGCUUCUUGAAGCCCAAACAGUUUAUCUUUUUAACAGUCUGCUUGGCAGCAGAAGGUUAUGUUAGGCUUUGGCACCCAGCCAGUCCUUGAGAUAACAUCACAUAAUAAAAAAUUCUGUUGCUCAUAUCUUCCUGACGAAUUUCUGCAUAGUAUACUCACAGCUUUAGCAGUCAAACUGUUAAAUUUUCAAUAUUCCUCUGGGCUCUUUUGGGCCUCUGGUAGUGUUUACAAUCAAUAUAAGGGAGUUUAAAUGGUGGCAGGUUUAGAACAGAGGUUGAAGAAAUCCAUGCAAAUCCUUGGGAAAACCUUUCUCAUCUACAUAUAUCUGCUUAAAUGAAAGAUAGUGCUUCUGCCUUUAAAACUUGUCUAUUCUUUUACGCACUAUGAACCCACUGCAUAGAAUUUUAUAGCCUUUCUAUUCAGUUCUAGUGAAAAGCUUGCUUCCUCACUGUACCUGGACUCAUACCUUUGUCAGAUACACACACACCCUUUCACAUUGUGGAAAGCUGGGGAGUACUGUCAUCAGAAAAGCUCGUGGUAUUUAUGAGAAUCCCCAAAUGCAUUUGGUCCACCAUUUAAAAUUUUUAUUAAUUAAUACUGGACUACACAGACCCUUGAUCUGAUCUAGCAAGGCAGUUGCUACGUAAUCAAAGGUCUACACAAUCUGACUUUAUGGCAAUUGUAUCUUGUUUAAUUAUGACAAUUGUAUCUUGUUGUACCCAGCUUGUUUCUGCCCAGCUGGGUAAUCAGACUGAAAAUGGAGCUUUCUGCACAGAGUGCUUAUGACACAUCUGAAUUAUUUUAUGAUUGUGUUUGUUUAUGUUUGCUUAUGUGUGUCAAGGGGAGGGAGAGAAAGAGGUGGGAAGCCCCUUAAACCAGUGUUGUUGUAUAACAUAUUUCAAAUAAAGCUAUAAAACUAUUUCUGUUCUAAGUGCAAUCAUAUUCUCAUUUAAACAAAUUUACUAUGAACGGGAAUAAAAUCUUCAUGUGCACUGAUUUACUUUUUGGUCAGUAAUUAGUUCAUUAAGACUGCAAUGAUAUACCCAUUCCCUCGAUGGGACUUACUUCUGAGGAGACAUGUAUAGGAUUAUGCUGCCAUUCAGUUUGGGGCUCAUCCAGCAUGGGUCCAAGUGUUUUUUUGCUAUCCCGUGCUUUCUAGACACAUGUCUGAGAGGUUUUGCCCUUCCCGCUAAUUUUUUCCGCAAAAGAACCCACUCUUUAGCAAAAAAAGAAAAAAGAGCAAACGUCAAUCCAGAGGAAACCGGAUUGAUGUUUGCUCUGAUGAAGCAGUAAAGAUCAGGUUUCCCAGGGGAAAGUGGCAGGACAAGGGCAAGUGUGGCUGAACCCUAACUGAAAAUUAAAGUGAUGCGUGGAAAUUUUCCUUUCUUCUCUGUCCUCAUAUGAAUCAUGAACAUAAUAAAUUCCAUGUUGAUUGAAAAAGAAAGAUGGGAAAGCUAACAUUGUUGCAUCUAUUUUUUUUGGGGGGGGGACCACUCACUGGGCUUCAGCCUUGUAUCUUAGGAGUGGGAACUCUUUAUGUGUGUAUUUGCACACGUACUCACACACACACCACCUGGAGUGACUGAACCGUACAUGCAUUCCUUUGUGUGUUAUCAUAAUCUCUGUUCAAAUAACUUUGGGUCUUCAUGUAGGCUUCAGAGCAAACAUGGUACUCUCCAUCAGGGUACUUCUGAUUAAUGUGUUUUGUUAUACUUAGGGAUUCAGAAUCUCGUCAUUUGCACCUGUACAUGCCACCUGGAAUGGCGUUCUUAGCAGCCAUCACAUCAAUUGUUUACUAUCACAACAUUGAAACAUCAAAUUUUCCAAAGUUAUUAAUAGGUAUGUACCCACAAUACAGAAAAAUAUGAAAUUGUGAAUAUGUUAUGAGGAAAAGGUCUGUUAGGUCUUGCUGGAGGUUCACUUCAGUGCCCCCCCCAACUGAAAUUUUAUUGUCUAACUAAAGCUUACUAGUACUGUUCUCCUCUGUUUCCCACUAACAAAGCUGAUUUCAAGUAUUAGUAUUUUUGAUGAAAUGAACUCCCCCCCCCCAUUUAUUAUUUAAUAAGAACAUGGACAUAGCCAGGAUUUAUGUUAGGGGGGCAGAACCUCAGUUAGUAUUUUCAUUGAUUUACUUGAUUUGGGAGGGGGCAACUGUCCCUCCCUGCCCCCUCCCCUUUGGCUGUGCCCAUGAUUAAGAAUUAUGUCCCACCUCAUAUUCCAUAAUAUCUAUUUGUUGUAAACACCAAUGCUUUAAGGCCACAUGGCUGUUAUCACCAUACACAUACUGCUUUGAUAUUUUUCUUGACAAUCAUAAAUUUAAUUUUUAAAAAAUAGCUCCACAGAAUUGAUGUUCCUGGAAUUGUUGGCAAAUAGUGUCUUUGUUUGUACUGUUGAUGCAAGUAGCUUCCUUGGGAAUAGUUAUGGGAGUCAUCUCAUCCCUUGACAGGAAAUUUGUGUCAUAUGUGAAUAGUUCCACAGUUGUUUGGCCCAUAUGUUUCUCUGAGAAAAUGGAAAAUGACCAUUUUUUCCUGUCUAAUCUCAUGAGACUGAAUGUCAGAAAACCAGCACUUCCUAUGUGUAUUUAUUUAACUAUUUGAACAACUCAAUACUUAGUCUUAUCUGCUGAACAAGAAGCUGUGCUUUGUUUGGAAAGUUGAAGUUAAAAUACCUAAAUAAAAGAUGGAUCACUUUGUUCUUCUAUAGCAUUGAUAUCUAAGAAUAUGGUGAAGAACUUCAGCUCUGCCUCAAAAUAAAGCCCUCCAGGUCUUUCUCUCUGGCUCCUAUAACUCUCCCCAGAUCGCAAUUUCUCUCCACAGUCCACUGUUCCCCACUAGCACUGCUUCGUGUAGGGUUUUUUGCCUGGCUGUGUCCUGCCCCACACUCAAAUGAAGAACCUGAACUCGCAAUUCUAAUUGUCAUUCCUCCCCAAGGUGAUUGCCUCCAUGUGGCAAGCCUUUCAAUACACCCACUAAACCUUUUCUUUUCAGGUUCUGGUGCCAUUGCAAAAAUUCCCUGCUCUACAGGGCAAAUUACAGUACAGCACAUGAAGGCUUGGCUGUGUGAGGCAGAAGUCACCGGGAGCUAUUUAAAAACAUGUUCUUGUUAAUGGGGCUUGGAAAGAGAAUGAGAAUAUUUACAAGGGAAUAUUUACAGGGAAGCUUGUGUAGGAGGUAGUCAGAAUUUCUUUCUCUCAAACACACACACACACAUAUAUAUAUAUAUUUCACCAAGUUUCACCAAGUACAUUCGGCAUACUCAACUGAAACUGUACAAAGCAGGUACAAAUCAAUGCCAGAGACAGUUACUGUAGCCAUGCCUGAGAAUGCUUAUAUUGAUUACUUAUCUUUGUGGUUGUAAGCUUAGUCAAAACUUCAGAAUUUCCAACAUUAUAGAAAUCUAAUUUGCUAAGCACUUACAUAUUCAGGACAGAUCCCUUGAACAAUCUUGUAAUUUUAUUUGCCUUCUUUAACUUUGAAGUGCUGUUCUGAUCAGUGCUUUAUUCUUCUUUCAACAGCCUUGCUAGUCUAUUGGACUUUAGCUUUUAUAACCAAAACCAUCAAAUUUGUAAAGUUUUGUGAUAAUAAUAUUGGACCUCUCCAGCUUCGAUUCUGCCUCACAGGAUUCUUAGUAGUUCUUUAUGGAAUGUUGCUUCUUGUAGAAAUUAAUGUCAUCAGGGUAAGGGUAAGUUGCAUUUCCUGAUAAUUUAGAUGGUUAAAAGCAAAGUUGUUAAUGUUGUCCAUUAGUAACUGCAUCUUGAACGUACUAGUAUUUCUGAAGUCCCAUGAAUAUAGGUUUCCAUAUACAUUUUCUUAGGAGGAGGUGGAAUAUUAGAAUGACAUCCAGUCAGUUCCAAUUCAGUCAUGUUCUUUUGCAUGCCUCCUGGUGAAAAUAAAUUUGGCCAUAUACAGCUUUGUAAGCCAACAUGCUAGUUAUAAUUAAGCUCAAGUAAUUUGACAUUGUUCCUUUCCCCUUCCUCUGCCAUCUCCUUGAGCAUCAGGAGCACCAAGUUAUAGUAUGCAGCACUACUAAGAUAUAAUUGCAAUUUGAAUGUGUUUAAUGUUGCUGGAUCCUGUCCAUGAUGGCCUUUAAUUCUGACUCCCUGGAUAAAAUAUUAAGAAAUAUGUUCUGUCCAGAAACACAGCAGUGUCCUGCCAAAUCUAUACUGUACUGCUUGUCAAGCACUGAGAUACUGAAAGGUGAGAAAUCAAUUGAAAAUACAUGCCUUAAAAUCCAUGGCAGCCUGGUCCUCCUGGACAGAGGACAAAACAUACUACAGUAUCCUAUUAUUCCUGCCCCCCCUCUCCAUUAACUUGCCUAAGAUUCUUUUUGCCUUUGUUUAGAGAUACGUUUUCUUCAAAACGCCCAAGGAAGUUAAGCCUCCUGAGGACCUUCAGGAUCUUGGAGUCAGAUUCUUGCAACCUUUUGUGAAUUUGUUGUCCAAAGGAACAUACUGGUGGAUGAAUGCAUUCAUUAAAACAGCUCACAAGAAACCAAUAGACUUGAAAGCCAUAGGAAAGCUGCCUAUUGCCAUGAGAGCUUUGACAAAUUACAUGCGCCUGAAUGAGGCCUUUGAAUCUCCAAAGGUAUAAAUAGAAAAGGAUUACCCACAACUGUGUUUCUGGCUUUAAACAUGAUGAAUGCAGGCAGAAGAGCUCCAUGCAUGCCAUGGAAUGCUCAUGCCUACAAUCCGGUAGAAAACUGUCUCACUUCUCUUCAGUACCUAUCAAAAUGAAUAAGGAUUGGAAAUUUGGCCCACGAUGUUCUCAAACUGUUUGGUGUCUAAAAUCCUUUUAUGUAAGAAAAUUUUUACUAGUAUUUGUUUCUUUGGCUCAGCUUUAAAUGCACUGUUUGUAACAGCACAAUUAUUCCAUCGGUGCAUAUUUGCUUGUUUUUUUAUUCCCCCCACUUUUCCUUUUGUGCCAUGCCUUUUAGGUGGUAGACCCGUGUGCGGUGCUAAGUAAAUUUUAGGUACUUUAAAAAUUAAUGAUAAAUUGAUAAGUCAAAUGAGAGGCUUAUGAAAAUGAUUUGUGAAUGUCACUUAUCACUUUGGAAUAUUACAUUAUUCCCAUUAAAAGCAAUUUUUCUUUAAAUUAUAUAUAUGACAGAAUAAAAACACUCCAAAUCCACAAGGAUCCAAGUCUAUCUGGCGUGCCCUUUGUAAUGCCUUCGGAAGACAGCUGGUCCUAAGCAGCACUUUCCGUAUUCUGGCAGAUCUGCUUGGAUUUGCUGGUCCACUGUGUAUCUCUGGAAUUGUUCACCAUGUUGGAAAAGGCAGCAACAACACCUUCCGCCCCAAGGUACUAUUUUUGUAUUGCUAUUAUUUAACUUCUAUAUCAGGGUAAAAAAGGGUAGCCAUAAACAAAACAGUACCGUGUUAACCCCAUGCUUUUGUGGGCCCAAAUGUUAAACACAUGACUAACUUGAGCAGGGAUGUAUUUAAGCAAGGAAGGUUUCUAUGGAUUAGCACUUCAAAUUCUAUACUGAAGAGGCUGAAGAAUGGAAAGGAAGUUGCUCUAAACAGUAUCUUUUUAAGUAGCAGUAACAAAAAAGCAGAUUUCACUGUGACAAAGAAUUUCCAUCAGAAUCUUUAGAGAGAUAAAAUAAAAGCACACAUGGGGAUGCUAUUAUCUCAGGACAUUAUAUUCAAUUAAAAAAAAAAAUGAAGACUGUGAUUUUCUGGGGUACCCUGCAGGGAUUGGGGGAGGAAGCAGUUCUUCUGCAGAAUACAGAUCCAAAGCAAGCGUGUGGUUAUGAAUUAGUAAUAACAACAUGGUGUGUUUUUAUUGCUAGUUAAUGCAUCACAGUCUCUUUUUAAAGACUCAUAAACAAGCCAGUUUGACUGAAAGACUUCUGCUGUUGUUAAUGGGUUUGCAUCUGCUGCCAUAAUGAAAUGGAAAUGGAUAUCCUAUGCUGAGGAUGAAGAACUAAUUUUAUGUUUCUAAAUCAAUCAAUAUGCUGCUGUUUUCAUCCUUUCUUCAGUAUGUUAGUGUACUUACUGGAGACAUUUCAAGGGGUUACCUUUUCUAUGCUGUAGCUGGGAAGCAUCAAGAACUGAAGUUCAGCAUAUUGACCCAGAAAUUAUUCAUUACUGAAUAAUGAAAAAUAAAUGUAUUACCUGAAGGAUUGUGUGUUGCAGCAAAAACAACAGUGAGCCUUGUGGCACCUUAAAGACUAAGUUCUAUCUGCUGCCACAAAAGCUUUCAUCUCCAUCAGAUGCAUAAAGUAUUUUCCUAAGUUGCCGAUGUAUAUGCACAUAGUUGCAGGGGUUGGGAUUCUAAACACUGAGGUCAGAGGAAAAUAAAAUGAAAAAGGUGCAGACAAUGAAAAUUACAUUAUUAAAAUUACAUUAUUAACAAAAGUCAUUCACAAAGCUAUUGUAGAGAUAACACAAACAUUAUAACACAAACUAACUGAUAAGUUAGUUAAUGCUUCCAGUGUGUGUGUGGGACUAAAACCCUUGAUCUCAAUAUCCAGCCACAGGUGAUAGAACUGUCCCUUCUUCCAUGCAAUUGAUCAGAAGAUACAGUUGGGUAACCUACCUGGGAAGAGUUCUUUUUGGUGCAGGUGGGACUUGCACUCUACUUGCUUCAGGUUACAGACUCCGCUAACCCAGAAAUAGUACCUCGGGUUAAGAACUUUGUUUCAGGAUGAGAACAGAAAUCGCGCAGUGGCGGCGCGACAGCAGCAGCGGGAGGCCCCAUUAGCUAAAGUGGUACCUCAGGUUAAGAACAGUUUCAGGUUAAGAAUGGACCUCCAGAACAAAUUAAGUUCUUAACCCUAGGUACCACUGUAUUAGAAAAAACUCCAUGCUAGUAUGUGCAGUUUAACAACGAAACAGGCUACUUUAGAAGGUAGCAGACUCAUUAGAAGUUUUCAAGCAAAGGCUUGGAUGACUUCCUGUCAGGGGUGUUCACAGGGAGUUGGACUAAAUGAAAUUUUAUUAUAGCUGAUAUAUUAUGCAUUUUUCACAUUAUUAUAAAUGUCCACCUAGAAAAAUAUUCUCUGAUAUCAGCAUUCAGUGUAAUUUGUCUAACCUUCUGCAUAUUGAGGAUGGUAUGUCACAUUCCUCUCAUAUGCCUUUUAAACAUGUAUUAAUCUCAAUCACAUCAUUUGUGGUGGAUCUUACCUCUUCCCGGCGUAGGUAAAUAUUUAAGCAAAAUAUAUUUUAAAAUAAAAGCAUAUACCAUUCAUAUAUCUAUAGAUCACUUUUAAUUUGUCAGUAGUUCAUGAAUAGAUUUUGAGAUACAAAGAAGCUGAUUGCUAGCCAAAUCAAAACAACAUAUAUUUGAAAGGAUACAAACUUUCAUACUUUUACCUUAGGGAGGAAAAGUGAUAUAGUAAAUAACAUUACCAUUUAAACCAGGGUUAACAGCUUCUCAGACGGUUAAUCAAAUUCAUUUGAUGGUUAAAUUUAAAUUGUAAAGGAAUUAUGAUCUGAUCUAACAGAAUUGUCUAUUUCACCAUCUUGAAUAAUUUCCCACCAAUCAUAAAGGAUUAUGUGUCCUUUAUUCCCCAACAUGAAACACCUUGGUUUUGAACAUAUCUUUCCCCAAUUUGAUGAGAUUAUGUGAAAUUUGGAUCAUCAGUUUAUCUGGUCAGAUUCUAUUAGCAAGGUGCAGCCCCCUAUGGGCACAAGAAUUACACAUGACAAGAUUUCCAUGGGGCUCAAUAGAGCUGUGUACCCCUUUGUUCUCUUGGUGCAAGUACACGGCUUCAUGAAGGAUGUUGGGUCAUUGUGGGGAUUGUUUGGUUCCCUUAUUGCUAUCUAGCUCUUGCUUUCUUCCUCUCUGGAGUAAGAUAUUGAAGGUUCCCAAGGUGGAUGCUGAGGGAGGAGGAAGGGAAACAGAGCACUGCUGAGUACUGUGGAAACCUCUUUCUAAUGCAGGCACAGGACUGAGUAUAUACAUUCCAAAGAAUUCUCUCAUUUUCCAAUAGCCAGUGAAACAAAGUCAUCUUGGAGAACUUGGUCUUCUUGAAUAUCUACUUCUCAAGGUUAUUCUUGAUAAGAGUAUUGUAACACAAAACUAAUACCACAUCACAUGCAGUCUCCUUAGCAUCUCUCAAGGGCAGCUACUUAAGUCUUGACAAGUAAAUCUCAAAUGCUAAGCUUCUGUCACUGCCAUUCUCUCAUUGUGUUUAACAUUGCUUUUCUACUGCUGAGGAACCAGCAAGUGAUCAUGUUAUAUAUAAUCAUCUAUGAAGAUCAAAUGUUCAAAAGAGCUGCUACAUUUUUAACUGCCAUGACAGGCUUAAUUUUGAGAAUAUCUAAAUUUCUUGCCUCCAAAUUUCUUGCUUAUGUUUUAUGCUUCUGAAAGAUACCACAUAUCUUGUUAAGAAAAGCAAGUAGAUACAUAUCUUUGAUAGGUUGUCUGGCUAAGCCUGUGUUCAGGUUGCAAAAUUGCAUAGUUCUGGAUAGGCCAAGGGAGACUUUAGAGCUCCACUGAGUAUUUACAGUACUGUGUUCUAUAAUGACUAUUUAUCACAUGAUGCCUUGCUGGAUACAUGUAGGGAGGGAGAUAUACUUUAAAUUUUAUUCUCUGUACUGCCCUGGAGACAGAUGGUUCAAGGACUAGGAAUGCCAAGAAGAUCUCAUUGCUAUGAUCAGAUAGUCACCUUCUCAACACUCAUAUUUUGACUUUAUUGAGGUGGCAACCCAGUAUGGACAGUCCUUGGCUGGAGACUCAUGUCAGCAGCUUCCAGAGAUUCUGAUCUUGUGUGGGUCCCAUAUAUGGUGAGCUACCAGACUGGAGGUUGCAACUCCUAUAGCUAUAGCUCCUAUACACACCAGCAACCAUGGCCAGUGGUCAAGAAUGGUGGGGGUUGUAGUCCAAGAGCAUCUGGGGAACCACCUAGGUCCUGGACUCCACCCACCCGGGCUGACCAUUGAAUCCUCCUGGACAGGAAAGAAUACAAGGGCUUCUGAACAUCAUUAUCUUUCUGAGCUUUGGCGUUCUCCAACACUGACCUGCCAUUUGGUCUUCAGUCUUGACUUUCUCUUUGGUUCUUCCUAGCAUUGUCUCUCAUUUCAAUAAAAAGAUUGUCUGAAUCGCUGAAAUAUUUUAUUCAAGUCAUUGUUGCAGUUUCAAAUGUUUGAGAACUCUAUUUAUAUAAAGAACUAUACAAAAGCAAAAUUAAUUCUGAAUUGCUUUCUUCUCUCCCCCCCCCCAACAGACCGAAAUACUUGGUGUUUACUUCAUUUCAUCCCAAGAAUUCCUGGCCAAUGCUUAUGUAUUGGCAGUCCUCCUUUUCUUUGCCCUUCUGUUGCAGAGAACUUUUCUCCAAGCAUCGUACUAUGUAGCCAUUGAAACAGGAAUUAACCUAAGAGGAGCAAUACAGGUAUUUCAGAUAAUCCAGAAACUAUUACCUAAUGAGCUAUACAAUCACUUCUUAACUUUUGAGUAAAGGAGCAUGUUUCUAACAAACUCAACCAAUCAAAAGAAAAAGAAAGAAAGAAAAGCUUAAACAAACUUGGGUAAAAAAAAAAUACAUUUUUUUGAAAAAGAAUAAACCUUAUGGACAGUAUCUGAUUCGUGCAUAAAAUAGAAGCAUGCUUCAAUUUAAAUGUCAUAUAAUCUAUAUCCCAUAAAAUCACCUUAUCUCCAGGUAUGCCAGGAUUUUCCUGACAUGCCAGGAUGUUCGUCUUAUUUCGCUUUGUUCUAUAGUCUCCUGGUUAUGUGACAAUCUUUCAUAUCCUUGCUUUCUCCUACAGAAGCCUUCAGCUGUCUUAUGGGUCCUCUGUGAUUGAUAGAUGACAUCUGACUUAAUAAACAUAGCUUGUGUUCCUAUACUGUAAAAAUAAAACACCAUUAACACCCUAUAUUUCAAAUAAGCAAUCAUUCUUUAUUUGUAAGCUUAAAAGCCACUUAUUCUAUCACAUGAAACAUGUGUACACCAGCUCAAAAACAUUUAAGUGGGAAAUGGUUUAUAAAUUCUUAAAUAAAAAAUUUCUCAUUCUAGACUAAAAUUUACAAUAAGAUUAUGCGGCUGUCAACUUCCAACAUGUCCAUGGGGGAAAUGACUUCAGGUCAGAUCUGUAACCUGGUUGCUAUAGAUACAAACCAGCUGAUGUGGUUUUUCUUCCUGUGCCCUAACCUUUGGGCUAUGCCAGUGCAGGUAAGUAAAUUAAAGUCCAUAUAACUUUAGUCCAUGUAAAUGGAGAUAAAUUUGGUGUGUGAGAGUUACUACAGGGAAUCAAUAUGUGGCACAACAGAGUACUUGUGUGGGAUAUAGAGACUGGGAUAUAGAGACACAUGAUAUUCAAAAUAUUGUUGCUGGGAAAAUGCACGUCUAUUUAAAAAAAUAGUUGUUAUUGAAAAUAACCUGAGGAAAAAACAAAGCUGUGGCUCCUUGUCAUCAAGUUGCAGAGUAAUAAUAAUAGUAAUAGUAACAGUAAUAGUAAUAAGCCCUUGUACUGAGCUGAAGCAGAAUUGCCUCUGCCUGGCUAAGGUGGCCUUCCACCAAAAGGGUGGGUGAAAGUGCCACCAGCAGGAUCACCUCCAGCAGCAGCCAGCAGAAAGCCACCAAAUGGGGCCUUCUAAAGGAAGAAUGGGGAAGGAGUUGAGCCCGACUUGGAGCCAUUGGCUCCUGAACCAGUUUGGCUGCCAUCACAUGAGAGCAUUGGGUCCAGUCAUGGCUCACGGAUUGUCCUACCUCUGCUCUUCUUGCCCAACCACCAUUGAUGGCACGACUGCAGAUAUGGCAGUGGCCACAGUGUUCUGAAAAGCAUCACCACUCAGUAGUUGGGGUCUGGAUUGCCCUUUUAGUCUGAAAGAGGUAAAAUAUAUCCAGUGACUCAAUUAAGAGUAAGCACUGUCAGACAAGACACAUGCCCAUUUCCAAUUUGCUCCCUCAAAUUCUAACUACUGCUAGCAUGAGCAAUUUACUCUCCUGUCCUGGGGCAGAGUAGAAACUUUCCUACUACAGCCUACCAUUUCCAAGUGACCAAUAUAAUAAGUGCAGCUAAUUGUAUAAUAGAAACCAUGACAGCAGAAUCAUUCAGGACUAUCUUUUCUGCCUUCCCUGAUGUUGCAGUGCUUAUAUGUUCAGUUAGCUUUCAGGGUUCCCUGAAGGCACAUGUUUAUAGACCCAGGAGACAAUUUCCAGUGCACUUUUGAUUGGCUUAGAGGUGUCAGGUUUCUCCCCUUCUUUGUUUGACAUUUAUUGUGAGGAAAACAAUUCUGUGUAGAAUUCUUAGAGUUCUUUGCAAAAUAUGCAUUUUUAAACAUAGUAAAACAGAAUAAUGUCUUUUUUUAAAUUAAAUAGCUUACUUUUCAUUUAAAAGCCCAAGAUGGUUACUCACUUCCUUCAAUUAUCAUCUGUUCUCAUUAAAUGCUCAAGAUAAUAAAACUUGCUUCAUUGCUUCAUUCACAGGAUAAUACAAUUGUGGUAAAAAGGUUUCUUUGUGAAUAUUAGUUAUUAUAGAAUCCUUAUUAAAACCAGUUAAAUGAUUUCAGACUUUAUUGAGUGAAUCAUUUUGAUUUUUAACAGUAGCUCACCCCCAAAAGUUCUGUUUGUAGUAAUGUCUCAAUGAAGAUUUGGAUUAUGAGACUUUUGAGUCAGAUUUGGGACUAAUGGAUUGCUAAAAUUUUGCUAAAAUUCUAUCCCUUAAUACAGAUUACCUAAUAGCAUCCAACUUCUGGUCAUUCUUUACUUUGUAUUGGUUGGGAAAUAUAGUGUCCCUUCUUUCUUUUUGUUAUCCCAGAUUAUUGUAGGAGUCAUUCUACUCUACUACCUGCUUGGAAUCAGUGCCCUAAUUGGAGCUGCAGUGAUCAUAGUGCUUGCACCUGUUCAGUACUUUGUAGCCACAAAACUUUCACAAGCUCAAAGAAGCACAUUGGUAAGUCUUUUCAGGCGUGUCCUUUAGGUUAUGGGUACAUAUCCCAAUAUGCUUUGCACAAUAUCAACACAGAAAAUUCUGCUUCAAGUUAAGUUCCGUCAACAUUAUUCCAGUCAUCUUGUAAGCUUAUGCUGAAAGGCAGUAUAAAAAUCUUUGAAAUUAAAUACACAUAAAUACUUCCAUGUGCAAGGAUAACCUCCCACCCAGAGAUAUCAAAGUGAAACUGAAGAGCAAGUAAUGGGUUUUACUGGAAAGCAGAACACGCAAGUUCUAUAUUGUGUAUAGCAUGCAAGAACAUCUGUAGUCAAUUUGUACUAGCAUAGCGGGUAUCCUUAGAUAACACAGUAUGCUGCGGUGUUGCAAUAAUCCUCCUUAAAUUAAUGUUUGUGUCAAUGGUUCAGGAAUAUUCCAAUGAGAGGCUUAAGAAAACAAAUGAAAUGCUUCGAGGCAUAAAACUCCUUAAGCUCUACGCCUGGGAACACAUAUUUCACAGCAGUGUGGAGGAAACCCGGCAAAAAGAAAUGACUAGCCUCAGAGCUUUUGCUCUCUAUACCUCCAUAUCAAGUAAGUAUAUUGCUUGACUUUGUCCCAGGAUCAGUUUUUGUCUCAGCAUAACUAUGAGUGUACUUGCCAUUUAAAGGUGCUGCAGGUUUUAGAGUCUAUUUCCAGUUCUAAUAUACCAGCAGAACUGCCAGUAGCACAAAUACAUUUUAUUGUGUUUGGAAAAGGUUUAUGCAAUCCAUUUAAGUAUUGAACCUCCUGACAACUGAAUGCAGGAACUAGAGUUUGAACUAGAGUUUAGGUUUAUCUAUACUUACCCUUCCUCCACUCUCUCCAGGCACAGUCCCUGAAUUAAAGGUCCAUGUCCAAGCACCAUAUAUGUACCCUAGCCUCUGACUUUCCUAUACCCUUUGCAGUAUAGUUAAUACUUUCUGAGCAGUUGAGGUCAGAAGGAAAAAAAUCCAUGUAGCUGACUCCCAUGAGAAAAGGAUAGUUGUUAAAGGUUCCUGGAAUGUACUGCCCUUACAUGUCUCUGCUUUUUGAAAAGCAAUGCUUUAAAGUUUCAAUAUAUUGAAUUAGUACAAGUGUCAUAAAUUUAUGACACUAAAUCUUGAUUCAAAAUACUAAUGGGGUUGUUAUUUUAUGGGAUUGUUUUUAAUGAAGGCAGUAUAGAAAUGUUUGUAAGAUAUAACAUGGGACCAUCAUGAAAAAUUAAAGAUUUCACAUAUUAUAUUAUUUCUACCUCAUUCUUUAAAUGUCACAAUUAUGUGUCUGGACUCAGCUACAUUAGUUUUAAAAAAAGAGGGCAUUUUAAAUGCGUUAUAACACUGUGACACCAGAUGGCGCUGUAGACUUCCAUCUUUCGCCAACGUGAUUUCCCAUUAUGAGGUUUUCAACGCAUUUUCCUGAAACCUCUUUUUGGAUGUGUCUAGAUCCAGCCUCUGUGCCUUAUAAGAUGGGUGUAUCUGAGACAGAAAUGAUUGCCACAAAUAGUACAGAGCUGCUCACUAUAGCCUUGACGAUUAAAGUCCUUUUCAGUUGAUUCACUCAGUGCCAGGACUCAUCCAGACUUCCUUUUUUGCUGUAUUUCUAGGCACAUGCCCAGGCUUUAAAGCUCCAGGGUUUGGCUUGAUUUUGUUGUCCUAUCCUUUCCCCAGGAAAACCCAGGUUUUAAUGCUGAAUCAGAGCAAAGGGCAAUCCGGUUUUCUAUGGAUUGCCAUCGGCUCCAAUUCAGUGGUAAAGUGCCAGUUGUCCAGGGAAACUGCCAGGACAAAACAAAAAACUGCUUGGACACAGAAUUUUAAAGGUCAGACAUGUGCCUAGAAAGUCUGGUGCAAAAGGAGGUCUGGAUGAGCCCCCAGUGAAUAUGUUUGGCUGUGAACAGAAGCACAGCAGUAGGCCAUGCCCUUUGACAUAUGCAUCUUCCUUUUAAGGUAGGAACAGAGGCCACCCUCAUGCAAACUGUAUGUGCAUAUGGUUCUCGCCGUGUUUGGGGCCUGAUCACAGCCUUAAGUUAUGAACAAAAUUUAUACACUGGUACCUUGGUUUCCGAACGGCUUAGUUGUCAAACAAAUCGGCUUCCGAACACCACAAACCCAGAAGUAAAUGUUCUGGUUCGCAAGCGUUUUUCAGAAGUUGAACAUCUGAUGCGGUUUCCACAGUUUCUGCUUGAGUGCAGGAAGCUCCUGCAGCCAAUCGGAAAACGCGCCUUGGUAUUCAAAUGGUUUCAGGAAUUGAACAGAUUAAGUUCGAGAACCAAGGUACCGCUGUACUCAUAUGGCAGGUUUGAGCAUGAAGUCACUGGCCUCAUUAUUUUUGAGCUAUAAGCACAUUUCCUUCAGCCUUAGUCCAGCAGCAUCUCACUUAGGUAGAAUCUACACGCAUAUAAAAAUCAUUAUGAGAGUGCUUUUUUAAAAGUGUUUUUAAAAACACAUUGAAUUUUCCAUAAGGCUCACCAUUGCCAUCCAGUGUCUCAUUGUAUAUUGCACUUAAAACACACACAAAAAUUUUUAGUUGCAGCUUUAGUUUAGUCGGUAUCUGAAGAAGUGUGCAUGCACACAAAAGCUCAUACCAAGAACAAACUUAGUUGGUCUCUAAGGUGCUACUGGACAAUUUUUUAUUUUUUAAUAUAUUUUUAGUUGCAGCUGUAUAGCUGAGUCACUAGUCAGUGUCACUUGCUUAUUUAAAUCAGGACUGUCACUGAAGGAAAAACUGGUUUUAUAUCAGUUCAGAAUUUGAUACUGUAAGGGAAACAGAAAUAGUUGUUUUCCCUGACUUAAAAAGGUAUAAAUAGAAUGAUAGACAUAAAUUGUGUUUUAUUUACAAUCCAUAAUUUAUAAUGGUUUUGCAUUUGUGUUUUGCAUUUGCCAGUGAAACCAAGUCUGAAAGAAUCUCAAGUUCUUAAAGAAAUAAUGUGAAAACGAGGAGACAAACAUUUAAUAGUACAGUAAUUGAUUUGCAUUUCCUGGCAAGCCUCUGAGGGCCAAUUUAAAUGCCUGCGGCUGGUGGCUGAAACUCUCUUUCCUGAUGCAAUAUUUAAAUGUCUGCCCACAUAUGCCUGUCCUGAAAAGUAUAUGCAUGCCAGGAAGAGCUUCCUUUGGAACCAUGCUACCAUGUAAAUACACACACACACCCAACAAGAAUUUGGACCAGUUCACACGAGGGCACAUAAAGUUUACUCUUACCAUAUAGAUUGCCCCAAACCAUACACAAUAAAUAAUGUUUAAAUGACAGUACAAAUUAAGCAAUUAUUCAGAGCCCCCACCCCUACCAUCCACAUGGGCGUGUGAUGCCAGCUUUCAAUAUGAGUGCUUGGCAGCUCUGAACUGAUGGCAAGCUGAUCUGAGAGGCUGACACCAUGCUCUGAUUUAUGUGCAGUUAGUCCUAUAUGCAUGUCUAUUCAGAUGUUCAGUGGGCUUAUUUCCAAGUAAGUGUGAACAGUGAUGUGGAAACUCCAAUUUUAUGGAUGGUGAUGUAAAAUAAUACAUAAUCAAAUCAAAGGACAUUGAGAUUCAUGUUUAUAUUAUUAUUGAAGACUGAAGGAUUGUAUUGCUGAUGAUGAUCUCUCAUUUUGCACAAUCUGCAGCUAAUUUCACUCAGUUUUGAAACAUUUCCUGUUUAUAUUUAGCUGCUGCAACAAGAUUACAGAAUGAACCAAGAAGUCAGACAAAACGCCAGAAAUGCAUUCUGUUGUUGAGAUACAUUAAUUAGACAUGGUUACUGCUUGCUCAAAUUAGUAAGAAGUUUGGGCAAUACUUAUGAAGGAAUAAUUAGUCACACUACAGAAGAUAAUUAUUGUUAAUGGCGAAUUUAAAAGUGAACCCAAGGCAAAAAAGCAUUUGUUCCAUUCCCCAGCCAUCUGGGGAUAAUAACCUCUAAACGCUACAGUGAUUUGACUAGGCACAGUGGGAAAGCCAUUGUGUUCUGGGUACACAGAAGGUCAGGUCAAUGUUUCCAGGAAAUGACUACUUUUUAUUUUAUUGUCAUUAUUCAUUUGUAUUAUUACAUGCCCCCCCCAAUCUCUGCUGAGUGGCAGCAAAAUUCCAGGAGGUACCAGGCACUCACCCUGUGUUGAGUUUCCAUUGUGGAAUCAAGGCACUGUGGAGCUAAUGUCUGGUUUAGUUUACACGUAUUUACAGUCACUUCAGUGCUGUUAACAGGGUGGUUUGACUUCACCCCCAGAGGUGCACUCCAUUGUCUCUUGAGGCAGAUGGAUGCCAGCAAAAACACCUGGAGCCUUCAGUGGAGGGGGUGCAGAGCACUACAUCCCAGGAGUGUCCCUCAUUGCUUCUCUCAUAGCUUCAGUGAGCUUGGAUCCAAAGUUAUGGCCCCCAGCCUCCUCCUUAUUUCCUCCUUCUUGUUCCUAUAAAACCUUGCCAAAAAAACCCCAUCUGUGUAAAGCAGGGGUGCCCAAACUUUUUUCAAAGAGGGCCAGAUUUGAUGAUGAAGUGAACAUGCAUGAGGGCUGACCAAAGUUGUUGAGCCUUUUUUAGGAUUGAAGUUGCUGAGAUUUUUUAAAAAAAUUACCCCCAGAUUAGGUUGACCAGCAGACCGGAUUAGGCCCACAAAACAGACUUUGGAGAUGCCUGGUGUAAAGGGACGACUUUUUCUGUGUGGCAUCACACCCACAUUGCCCCGGCAACCUCCCCCUUGUUUACUUGCAAGUUCAGCUUUUCAGCUCUGAUUAAACCCCAGCAUCCAAGGAGGGAGGAACCUGGCACCCAGGGAUCUGGGGGAUCUCCCACAAACACAAAAUACUAUACUGUAAUGACAGUUCCAGUAUAUCCUAACUAAAAGGGCAUCAUCCAAACAGGACAGGAUUAAACCUAGGCAGAUAAAAAGAAAAAGAAAACCAGAAAGAACUGUUAUAGAUACAAAAGUGAAAUGCAUGUAGAGAUGUAUGAAGCCUAAGUAUAUUGAAAGAAUCGGUAAAAUAUAUUUGUUUUACUUGCAGUUUUCAUGAAUGCAGCAAUACCUAUCGCAGCUGUUCUUAUAGUAAGUACUGUAUUUUACUGUUAAAAAUGUAGAUAUAUUUUAACAUUUAGAGAAGAGUGUAGCUACAAAGUCCUCUGUCGGUUACAAAUGCAUUAUUCCUUCUCUACUUCAUUUUAAAUUACACUCCACUAAUAAAAUAUUAACUAUCUUGUCCUUCAGCAGAUGCAUUUGAAAACUGAAAUAGAUGUGACACAAAAUGAUGUUCAAUUAUGUGUAUGCAGAAUUACAGAAAGCAUGGAGAGUUAAAUCACAAUGGAGAGCAAUUUGUUAUUUGGGAACUCUGUGUGUGUGUGUGUGUGUGUGUGUGUGUGUGUGUGUAAGGUGUUGUACCUUAUCUUAUUUUAUGUAUGAAUAGUUUUUUCUUUAAUGUCUGUAAUAUCACUUUACUGAUAUUUAGAUCUUACUGCUGUUUAGAUCUUUAGUGGCCUGUUUAGAUCUUAAAUAUGGACAUCACUCUAAUGAUACAUUUUGCAGCAUGUAUCACUGUUCUCUCAGCAUCCUCCUGUGCUUGUAUAUUUAAGUCUAGAAUGUCCUGUCCUCUUAUCCUGUAAGCUGACAGAGUGAUGAUGGCUGAGUACACACAGACCAGUUACCAUGCUAUUUCAAAAGCUCUAGAACAGGCAUCCCCAACCUUCGGCCCUUCAGAUGUUUUGGACUACAAUUCCCAUCAUCCCUGAUCACUGGACUUGUUAGCUGGGGAUCAUGGGAAUUGUAGGCCAAAACAUCUGGAGGGCUGCAGGUUGGGGGUGCCUGCUCUAGAAAGUAAUCUCAAUACAAGAUGUGUUGUUGUCUCCCCUGUAACUGAUUCUAUUCUACAACACAGAACCUAAGAAAUGGAUUCAGGCCACUCCCACUGACACUUUCCUUUAGAUGGCACCAUUUUGGUGCAUGCAGGAGCCACUCCAGCAAUGGAAUACAAUUGAAGACUUGUGUUACCAUGCAUAGAUUGUACUAGGGCAACCACAAACAUCCUUCAAUAUUACUCUUGCCUAAGUUCUGCUCCGAGAUGCAUCUUUGAGAGUAACUUUAUGCUGCUCUGGACUUUCAGAUGGACAUAAUGCUAUUUCUUCAAUAUGCAUUCUUUUCUUCUUUGUUUUUAUAAUGGGGAAAGCUCUUAUAUAAUUGUUGUAUUUAUAGCUGAUAGUUAAAUGUAUAUUAAGUCUGCCUGACAGAUUUUACACUGCUUAGUUGCAUAAUGCCUCCUCCUGAUCAUUAGGGCUUUUGAAGUGCAGCUAAAUAUUUUCACUGCAUUUGUACCUUUAAUACAAGAGGUGGCUGAAAUAAUUUGUUUUGCUGUCUUUUCUUUUAAAGACAUUUGUGGUCCAUGCCCACCUGUUUGAAAAUGCUGACUUUUCUCCCUCGGUGGCCUUUGCUUCACUCUCCCUCUUUCACAUCCUUGUCACACCACUGUUCCUGCUCUCCAGUGUUGUUAGAUCCACAGUCAAAGCUCUUGUAAGGUAGGGUUUCUGGAGUGCCUUUGUCUUACAUAUGAAGCUUCUUACUGCAGUGUUUAAGAGCUUGUGGUAUCCGUCCAAUGCUUUUGCACUCUGAUUAGACACCCUGAUUUUCAAGGCCACCCCAUAGUAAGUUUCCCCACCCCAUAUGCAGCCACUAUAGGCACUAUGUUCUUGCAUUCCCAGCUCAUGCAAUAAGUUAUACGGAAUUAUAUGCUUUCAGGUGCAGGGGGGGAAUUAAUGUGAGGACACCUUUGACAAAAGUAGUAUCACCACAAGAUGAUGAUGAUGAUGAUGUAAAGUUUAAGGCAUUAGACCUUGAUCCCACCAAUUGUACUUACAGUUUUAUUACAGCUUUGUGCACAGUUAUAGGAUUUCUUCUGAGAAUAAUAUCUAUACAGUGGAACCUUGGUUCUUGAACUUAAUCCAUCCUGGAAGUCCAUUCGAGUCCUGGAACGUUCGAAAACCAAGGUGCGGCUUCUCAUUGGCACAGGCGGCCCAGAAACAAUAGCUGACAGCCACAUUGGACAUUUGGCGUUCGAAAACUGGAACACUUACUUCCACGUUUUCACCGUUUGGGAGCCAAUUUGUUUGUCAACUAAGCCAUUCGAGAACCAAGGUUCCACUGUACCGUGGGAAUUCUGAAAUGCACACUGUUACUGUAACUGGCACAAUGUAUAAGUAUUCCUCAAUUUACUACCUUUCCCCUCUUUUCGUAGCGUUCAAAAGUUAAGUGAAUUUCUCUCAAGUGAAGAAAUAGGGGAGGAACAUGACAAAUGUGCAGAGCCAAGAUGCAAGGACAACCACAGCAAAUACCAGGCAGUUGUAAGUGCUAAUAUUGGAUUGCGGGCCAAAUAUUUGCCUCCCGUUCUUUAAUCCUUGUGAACCACCCCAAUAACUUUGUCAGUUCCCUUGUAAUUAAUUAAUAGCUACGUUGGCAAAAUCUUAAAGCUAGCUAAGGACUAUACCAUGACUAUUUUUGUUUAAGGCCAGCAGUGGGUAGAGUGGGGGGGGGGGACACUGGCUGUCAUAAUCAAGUGGGGAGGAGAAAGCCCAUCCAUACCAGAAAUGGUUAAGAGGUAGCAGUAGAGGCUGAAGGUGACCCAACCAGUCCAAUGAAAAGGUACAAUUUGUUAUUGGCUUCCAGGGCCUAGUGUAGGCAAUGGUUGCUGUCUGUAGGGUCGGCUAGCCAGGCAGUCACUGCACAGUUGCACAAUGCUGAUUGACACACAAACCUGUCUCCUCUGCUUCUUACCAACCAUUUCUAGGAGGGGUUCGGUGUAUCUUUUCCCCUCAGUCCCUCCCCAAUCAUGAUUAAUGAUUGCACCAGAAAACCAAGUCAUUGUCCACUCUUGCUUAAGAUUCUUUCACAGUCCUGUCACCACUCACCAUGUAUUUCUGUCUUCCUGAUCUUGCACAGCCCCUCAAAGUUGUUAACCGUAAGAGACCUGCCAGAGAGGACUGGAACAAUUACAGCUCUCCUUUAAGAAGACCUGUUAGCACCACAGAAGCAGAUGAUUAUUGUGUAAAGGUGGUAAUAAGGUCACUCUUUCUAAUAAUGUUGUUACUAAUAAGCUCAGAGUUCUAGAGCCUGGAAAACCCACAUUUGCAUUUAGAAAGCAAACAAAACAUGACUACUGAGGAGUAAGUUCUCAUUGAAAGAUUGUGGCAUUUAUCUGCCUCUUAAAGAUAGAAAUAAAAAUAGUUUGGUAGCAUGGUUAUCAGUUUGUGAAAUGGAUCUUCUUGAAACGUUCUAAUUUAGCCCAGCUUUCAAGAUGUUUUUGAGCAUAAUUUGUGUCAGGUCUCAAACUAGAAUCUGCUUUUGAUGCUAGAGCUUGACACUGGAAAAUAUUGUGUGAGAGUGGAUAAUAGUGUCUCUGAGCUAGUACGCAGUCUGCAUUUCUACUGACAUUGUCUUCACACAUCAAAAGCUAGUGAAAGGCUUCUAGUCCAGAGGGUAGUGUUUUCAGGCAGACACUUUUUUUAGAAGCAUCUCCUCCUCCAGCUGUAUGAUUCCUCACUUACUAACCUUCACUCCUAUGUCCUAUUGUGCUCCCUUAACAAUGCCUUCUUUGCAUUAUAUAUGAAUGACGAGGGCACAAGUGGUUUUUCUGUAGCUCAGGAAUUCUUUCUCCCAGCAACUUGUGAGGGCAGUUCUCCUCAGGAAGCUUUACCCGAAUUGAAAUUGAGUUAUUGUGUAUAAGUUUGUGACUAUUUUAGUUGUGUGGUUUAUAUUUAAUUAAGCUAUAUGUUCUGAUUAAGUUGAGCAUUUUUUAAAACCUGUGCAUGUUUACUCAGAAGAAUGGGAAUUAUCUUCAUGUGCACAUUAGAGCUUUCAUCCUCAACACAUUUAUUAGGGAGCGAGUUCCACUGAAACUUACUUCUGAGUAAACAAGCUCUGCAACCAGCUCUGAAGGAAAUUAUAAAACUCAAUAGGAAGAAUUGUGGAAUUUUAUGUUUGCUUUGUAUAAGCCACAAGAGGUAAAUUAAGAUUUUUCAUUUUUUAAAAAAAAUGGUAAGGCAAUUUGCAUUUGAUACUCAAACAAUACUGUGCUGAUGUAACAUACAUCUAUCUCCAUGCAGUCGCCAGUAUCUGGUUAUGGUGAGACCAGAGAGACUCCUGGCUGGGAACUGUUGCAGUUACUAUGCCCAACUGAAGUAAUCUCAGUUUUCUGUCUCCUAUGAAAGCUUGGAGUUUGAUUAGGGUCUGAUGAACAAGGACACUAUGUUUCCCUGGCACAGGGGAAGGAGUUAUAACAGACCAGUUGGUUUGUGGUUUGUGCACUAAAGAACAAAAAGAUAUCAUUAGCUUGGAGAUGAUCUAGUUGAAUGUAUGUGGGGUGUUACCAAGUUGUAGUUUUAAGGUUUAAAAUUUCCAAUUAUUGUUUUUUUUACAUCUAUUUUUGAUUGCUAGCCAUCUUUGAUGCACAUUUGCCCAGAAAAGUGGUAAAAAAUAUUUUUUAAUAUAAUAAAAAUACAUAACUUAACAAUUCUCAAACUAGCCAAACAAGAAUGCCCAUUUUAAUAUAGUCCACAUACCACAGAAUCUCUUAAAAUAAUACUCAGAUGAAAGCAUAGAAAUUCAAAUUGGUCAAAAAAGGAUAAGCAAGAAAUUAGAUAGAUCAAAGUGGGGUGUGGCCAAACUUGCUUAUUGGAAAACCGCAAAUAAUUUUAAAAGAAAAUGUCUGAGUGAGAUUUUGCAACAGCAUGGAUUAUUUAUCUUUUUUGCUAUUGUUGCCAUAGGUCACAAAUGGAUUUUUCACUUGGACACCUGAAGGCUCUCCAACAUUGUCCAGCAUUGAUAUUCGAAUCCCUCAAGGUACUAACCCACUUAUUAUAUUUUUUCCCCAACAAUUUUUAUUGGUUUUUACAUAAAUUUUCUUUGCAUAACAUCAUCACAACCUUUUCCCAAAAAUAAAACAUUUGGCUCCAUGAGCCUGUGACUUCCUUCCUCCCCGAUUAAUGGUUUUCAAACUUAAUCUCUAUACAUUGCAUUUUCCUGUAUUUCUUAUUCCUGUUAAAUCUUAUCCUUAUAUAUUUCCUUACUUAACUACAAUAAGUAAUAAAUUUAUCCUUACAAAGCUUCCUAUAAUCCUACUAGCGAUAUUAAUUGUUUACAGUUGUCUUUCAAAUACAGUGGUACCUCGGGUUAAGUACUUAAUUCGUUCCAGAGGUCCGUACUUAACCUGAAACUGUUCUUAACCUGAAGCACCACUUUAGCUAAUGGGGCCUCCUGCUGCUGCUGCGUCACCGGAGCACAAUUUCUGUUCUCAUCCUGAAGCAAAGUUCUUAACCUGAAGCAAUAUUUCUGGGUUAGCGGAGUCUGUAAUCUGAAGCGUAUGUAACCUGAGGUACCACUGUAUAACAUAAAUUUACUCCAGUCUUUCUGGAAAACCUGGUCCUGCUGGUUCUGGGUUUUUCCUGUCAGUUUCGCCAAUUCUGCAUAGUCCAUUAAUUUCAUCUGCCACUCUUCUUUUUAUUAUACCAAACUUUUUUCUUUUUUUCAAUAACUGAUCCAGCAAUGGAGAUCUGCAUGCAGAAAUAUGCUCCUGUGCAGGAAUCGCAUACCAAUGUGCAUUCAUAUCUGUAUCAGCACUCCACAGUGUGGGUGGGGAGUAUGCCUUUCCACACCCACCUUUGCAAUAUCACCUAGUGCUCCUGUGUGAAUGUAUUAUUGAAUGUUUACUUGUUGAGCGCAACUUUUUCUGGAUCAGGGCUCACUAUCUGUAGUAAAUUUAAACUUCAAAUAAAAUUAUUUUUUGUUACUGCAGGUCAAUUAACAAUGAUUGUGGGACAGGUGGGCUGUGGUAAGUCAUCCCUCUUGCUAGGGAUACUUGGGGAGAUGCAGAAGGUAUCUGGGAAUGUAAUCUGGAACAGGUAAUUUUAUUCAUACUUUAAGUUACUGUGUAGUUUAUGCAAGGGAUACAGACUUAACUUCAAAGCUAUGUUCUUGGUGCAUGUGAAUUAAAUCACUGUUUUGGUGAAGACCAAACCAUGUUUAUACUGUAUAUUUUAUAUUGUGGUUAAGAACAGGCAUAGGCAAAGUUGGCUCUCCAGAUGUUUUGGGACUACAACUCCCAUCAUCCCUGACCACUGGUCCUGCUGGCUAGGGAUGGUGGGAGUUGUAAUCCCAAAACAUCUAGAGGGCCGAGUUUGCCUAUGCCUGGUUAAGAACAUCGGUUUUCCUUACUUACAUCUUCCACAUAUAUGCAACUGCAAACAGCCCCUAAUUCUAAACAUAUAUAUUUGUAAGUAAACCCUACUGAUUUCAGCCAAAGCACAAGAAUACUGCUUUAAGAGCCUGGGGAAUUGCCGUAUACAGAAACUACAUAUAAAGAAAGCAGAACUGUUGGCUUGAAAUUAUAUUUACUCUGCCUGUGCUGGUAUGUUCUAUGCAGAAUCAACACUAUCUUAAAUCAAGAAAUCAGUGUGGGUCUACUAAUAAUUGCCUCACAAUUAAUAUUCUCUUUGUCAGUACUUUUGUUAAAACAUUCAGUUAAUUUGAAAGAAAACACACUAUGGAAUCCAGCAGUUCACGUUGCAGUUUGUUUUCUCAGCUACAUCUCCAUUCCAGUGACCAAAUCAUAUAUCCUUAUGGUGUUCCUUUUGAUGACAGUUUGCAAUAAAUAUAAAUUUUAUUAUAUAGAUUUUGACAGUGUCUCUUAAAUCAUGUAUGCAUGAAACAUACUGCUGUUAUAAUUUGUUCCUAUCCACUGUGUAGCUAUGGCUAUUAUUAAGUUAUACAAUAGUAGCGUCUUUCUAAUACCUGUGUAUGUCCUUCCCAAAUCAGCAAGUGUAAUUUAUGUAAUUUAUACAUCCCAAUGGCUUUUUGUUAGCUUUCCCCCCAUUUUCAGUGAAAAUCAGCAGAGUGGGUUGGUUGUUCGACCUAGUGGUCAAAAGGCAAGCUGCAACCUUUUGAGAGGCAGGCAUCCAGUUCUGCUCCUGCCUUUGGUUGAAGUGCAGCCAGUCGCCAUUGCUCUCGCUAAUGGAGUAAAACUAAAUUAUUGAUCAUAUUUAUAUGCAAGUGCUAUUUAUUAAAUGCUAUUAAGCAAUUACUCUCUGAGGAGGAGGAGUUACAAAAUGGAAAAGCAUGCUUCUCAACAUUGGUUGAAAUAAAUUUACAAAAGAUAAAUUCUGUAACAGCGGGCAUUAGGGGGAUGACUUACCUGUAUGGGUUCUUUGUGGUUAGGGUCCUAUUAAAAAAAUAUGGUACCUACAUCAUUCUUCACCAUGGAAUCAUAAUUUCAAUAUACAGUAUGCUGUUCUGGCAUACUUAAAUGUAGGUAUUAGCAACCUAAUUUCUCCAUAUGAUGUCCAUUGGUUGAAACCUGCACUAAUAACUUUUAGACAAAUCCUACUUUCAGCAUAGCAUUUGCAUUCUCAGUUUGCUGAAUCACACUAUUUAUCAAGCCCACCAAGAAUUGGCAUAACUCAACAACGUAAACUUUUAGGAUUCAUGAGGGUUCCUUCAUGUACACCUUUAAGUCUUUAAUGCAAGUAUUAUUCCACUGCAGCUCACAUGAACAUUUUGAAAGUACUAAAUAUAAGCUUCUGAUAACCACCAAACAUUCAAGAAAGAUGGUGGCAAAUCAAGCCAUAUGACUGGAGUCUUGCACUGGUUGAUCAUAUUGCUCCAGGUUGACUGCUAAAAUAUUGUAAAGUGCCUGAAGUAAGAUGCUGUUGACCUCAGUUUGAAGCAACUCUAUGAAAAAUAUUUUGCAGCGUACAUGCAAAGUAGAAUGUCAUCGUUAAUCCUCCUGUAAGCAAACGGUUCAAAAGUACCUGUAUGAACAAUAUUCUUUUUUCCCCCCUGAUGAUGCAGCAUUCCUGACAGCGAGACAGGGGAAGAUGUCAGGUAUACACAUGAUUCUUGCUCAUCAUGAUAUCCUAAAUCUAUUGUGUUGCAAAGAAACAAAGUACUGUACAGUUUGGCUUUACAGUAUUAACUGCUUGAAAUGAUUCUUUAUUAAACAUUUCAGCUUUUACUUAAUUUUUCUUACUCUCUUGACAUUUCUUUUUUUUUUUUUCUUAUUUACACAUCCCAUUUUAUAGAACCAAAUGAAAUAAAAGAAUCUGCUAGGCAGAUGAACAUGUGUUGGCAUAGUUUUUACUUAUUUAUUUAUUUUAAUUAUAACACUCCUUAGUCUUCUAGCCUAAAAGGCAAGAUACCAAAAAGUAAACUUUGCUUUGACAUAGCUCAUCUGCUUCAUGCUGCUUUUCUGAAGAGUGUUCGUGUACCACCUCCUGCAGAGAUGGAAAUAGAUAAUUACUGACUUCCCAGUUCCUGGGAUUUUCAUCAUGUCUAUUAGUUUUCUUCCCUAGCUUAUCCUAGUUAUGAGAUGAUAUCUAGAUACUUUUGCUCAGCAAAACAGACAGUUUCAAUAUCUUCAUACAUAGUAUCAUAAACUGAUGUGGAUCAGAUUUCCCCCCACCUAUAAACUAAAAUACAAAAAAGUCACAUGUGAAACAUGCUUAACAUGGAGAUUAAUUCCAAAGCAGUGUGCAUAGCAUGGAAGCUUCAGAAUGUAACCUAUAUUAAAAUUUAUUGCGAGUUUUCAACAAAAGAUACAAUUAAAAAACAAGGAGGAAGAAAGAAGAGAAGAAAAAGAAAAAGAAAGAAAACCAUAUAUAUAUAUAUAUAUAUAUAUAUAUAUAUAUAUAUAUAUAUAUAGUACCAAGCCCUCUAUCACAAUAUCUUGGUCCUACAAGUUGCUUUCUGAAGAGAGGUUUUUUUCUUAUCAACCAACAUAAAAGUACCUGUACAACAAGGUGAACUAUUAUCCAAAUGAUUGCCAGAAGACUGUGUUAUGUUUGAUACAGUAGAGUGGGGCGAGUCAAAUCACAGUCAUAACAGAAUAGGAAAUGAAAAUGUAUCGAUAUAUGCAUGACAUGCUGUAGUAAGUUUUGUGGUGUUGUUCCCCUGAGGUUGUAUUUACCUAAAUUUAAGACCUGCUUAGGAACAGAUUAUUGUUAUUAUGUCCUGAUAUGUAAAACUACAGAAUUCGAAGAGGGUGUACUUUCUUUUUCCCAUGACUGCAUCUAUAUAUUAUUUGUCAAGGUAUAUGUCAUUUAUUUACUUCUCUUAAUUUUAGAACUCAGGCAUAUCUAAAGUAUUUGCAAAAGUGCAUUAAUACUCCCAUUUUACAAUAUACUGUACCUUUUCCUGCAGCCCAGAAAGAGAAACAGCUGUUGACAGUGAAACCAGGUACUAGUUAAUUAUUCCUUCAGGGUCAAUCCUGGGUUAUGCAUCACCCUAUGAUCCACAUCCAGUCGUGGUGAUCCUUCCAGGGUGCCAUUUGGGGAGUUCUACAGCCUGUUACUCCCCCCCCCCCCGGGGCAUUUAGAUAGAAUCCUUCCUCCUGGAUCCUUUUACAGGGGUAUGCUGUUUCUUUGAGCUAGGAAGAGGGUAGGGCUCCAUCCCACCCCCUUUUCCUAGACUAAGGAUACAGUCCAAUGCCUUUUGCACCACCUGAGUCAGCCCCACCUUGCUUGUUCACCACCAUACCUCUCAUAUCUGCAACCAAUCACAUAGGCCCCAGUAGAUGUCCAGCAGCCAACCCUCAUUGCCCAUCAGUGGUAGGUAGCUGCCAUCAGGCCUGCAAAGAUCCACAUUACUGAACGUAAUGCUAGGGGGCUGAAUUACCUGGCCCCCCAGGUGAGACACUGUGUAGAACAUUGCCUUGUUCACUUUCUUCUGGUUACGGUAGGCACCUAUGAGCUCCAAGCCCACCUUGCCAGUGUGUUUUAGGAUGUCCCCCAUGCAGGGCCUCAAGUUCAGUGGUUGCUGUGAAAAUGAGAUCUAUGCCCUUGCUGCUAACCAGGUCGUCCUUGCCUAGCUGAAUCACCAGGGCAUCUAGCAGCCCAUGUAGUACACCAUGUGGUAUAAGCCAUGGCAUCAGGCUAGCUAAAUGUAUGCCCCCCUGGGCUUAUCAAGUAAUAUGGGCUCUGGCCUCUAGGCAAAGCUACUGGCCCCAGAAAGUUGUUGUGGCAUGCACAGGAUCCUUUAAAAGUGCUGUUCAGAUUUCAGCUCUUUUUUCCAUGCACCAGAGGUGCAAAUCUUGAAUAAAUUAUUUGGGGUGGAGCAGGAAAGCCCCACCCCUUAUAAUCUGUCACAAGACACAGUGUGCACACACUAUUUAAAUGGCAAUGCCCAUCAACUUUGGGGCCCCCUCAAAUAUUUUAUGGGGGGGAGGGAUCUCAGCCCCUAGGGGUUGGCUCCUAUGCCAGGCACUAGUAAGAGCCUUUUUUCUACCACAGUGAGGCUCCCCAGGGGGAGUAAAACCCCAACCCCUAACCCAGCUCAAAAAACUUUGGCCUCUUUUCCAGGCCCAGCUGCCACCACAGGAGUCUUCAGCUGCUUUAGUAGCCAAAAUAUUAUCUGGCUACUUAUUAGACCUCUUCAGGAGCAUCCUCACUCCCCGACAUCUGUUGCCCACUGCACUGCCGAAUGCAAGUGCACCUGGCUUACAUAGUAUGGUGACGGAUACAAGCUUCCUCUCUGAAAACAACUCAGAGCUCUUUCUGUAACAGAAAAAAAUUCUGAAAAACAAUUAUGCAAUAAAGUCCUUUCAACUGGGUCAGCCUUUCCCUGACCACUGGUCCUGCUAGUUAGGGAUGAUGGGAGUUGUAGUCCAACAACAGCUGGGGGACUCAAGGAUGAGUUAGGUUAAACCUUUUUGACUAGCGUAUCCUUCAUAUUUAUAGGGCAAUGUAAUAUUAAUCUAGAGCCACUUACAAUAGCUUUUGCUACCCCCAAAAAAAGAUGCCUUUUGUAAUACAAAAAUCAGAAAUUAAAGCUAUUACAGUCGAACCUGACUGUAACCUUAAGCACAAUAACAUUUUACCAGAGACACAUCUCUUGUGACAAUAUACCUUUUUUCAGGAUAGAGAUGGAAUAUUAAUUGAUGUUUAAAAUAAGACAUUGAUGACUACAUUAAUGAAGAAUAAUUUCCAUGUCUGUUUCAGUAAAAUAAAACAAAGUCCUUCUGUGGUUUUUUUGUUUGUUUGUUUCCAGGAAAAGAGAAUCAGUGGCAUAUGCUUCCCAGAAACCAUGGUUGCUAAAUGCUACUGUAGAAGAAAAUAUCACUUUUGAAAGCCCUUUUAAUACACAAAGGUUAGUGUACUUAAAUGCCUUGUAAAUGCAAAUAAUAGUAAGUCUAUCUUACCACCCUUAUAGUGAACGUUUUUUAUUGCUGUUGACAGUACUCCUCUCCUGGUUACAUAGUACAAAUGUGGAAUUGUUAUGACAGAGGUGACGGUCUUUGAACUGUAAUGAUUUAAAACAUUCAAUCAUAUUGAGCAGUGAUCCUUCCUUAAAAGUUCAGUAUUGACUGCAGGUAUAACACACCUUCUUGUCUGAGCACCAAUCUAAGCAUUACAUCAUCCACAAGGAAGCAACUGAAAAACAUUUCCACAUGGCAGAAUUGUCACAAAAGUGAUUCAAUAUGUGAAGCUGCUUUCUAAAUGGCAUGGUCCAAUUGUGUGGAGAGACAGUUUGCCAGCAUUAUGUGAGGUGCAAUCCAUCUCUUGCCAGAAGUCUUUCCUCAAGAAAGCAGAGAACAUUGUCCAAGAAACCAAACUUUUCCUGACUACAUCACCUGUGCAGCCAGUGGUUUAUUUUCAGUAUUUUCCUUCUGGGCCACAGUGUUCAACAGGAAGGAGUGAUGAGAGAAACACCUGUGCUCCAAGGCCCUUCAGCUUCCUACUCAAAGUCUCAUAGUCCCUUGCUAUAUGUUGAAGGUUGUGUCUGGCAGCAUGAUUUGUACCCACAUGAAUCAGAAGGAAAGGGUUGCAUUGUAGAUGUAUGUUGUAGAUGUAGCCACACUUCCACUUGCCUAGAAAGCACAAGUCCACAUAGUUUUCCCCUUACCCCACUUCUUUCCCAGGAAAAGCCCACUCUUUAGCUCUUCAUCAGAAGAAACAAUAAUCCACAGAAAACCCGAUUGCCAUUUGCUCCUAUUGAAUGCUAAAGAGCCAUUUUCCCUGGGGAAAAGCAGCGGGACAAGAGGAUGUGUGGAUAAGCCCUCCAUCUCUUCAGAGGAUUGAUCCCAGCGACAGAACCAGGGAAUGCUUCAUUUAUUUCUAACCUUUGGACUACCUGUAGUAUAGUGCAUUAUUAGCUAAAAUGGCAUUUAUUUGCCUGGAACAGAGUUCCCAUUAGAACAAUUAGUGCUUAGCAAACAUGCAUUUUCCAGCGUGUGACUUCUCCAGAUGAUUAAUUUUGCUCUUAAAAGCAGGUAAAAUGUGCUUGUGAGGCAGUCUCUAGGUGAAUUGACAAUUACCAGUUCUGUUUCCACAGGUACAAAGCAGUAAUUGAUGCUUGCUCUCUUCAGCCUGAUAUUGACAUACUUCCUCAUGGAGACCAAACACAAGUUGGAGAAAGGGUUAGUGACCAUAUGCAAUAUGUUUGUUUGUUUUUUAAUUAAGCACCCAAACUUGUCAUGUGUUCUUGAAAUUCUAACUGUUACUUGACAAAACCAAUUUGUAAAGCAAAUUGAUAUUAUUGGUUUGAAAGCUUUACAUGUCUGAAACAAUGUUAAAGUUUCAUCUAACAAAGUGGGGGGGUUUCCAAUCUGCAGUCACCACUCCUGAUCUCACUGAAAUAUUGUAUUUGAGGUGUAUAUUUACUGAAUAAAAUAAGAAUUUUAGUAAUCUAGCAUGUAUUAGUGAAUGAUAUUUUUCAACAUUCCAAUUUAAGUAGGAGCUAGCAAGAUUUUCCUUAAUAUGACAGGCUAUGUAUAGAAAUAAAUGGUAGCUGCUGCUUUUAUAUGAGAAAGUAACAGGAUUUCAGUUGGGGACAAAGUUGAAUUGGGGUAAAACUUAUUGGGUGUUCUGAUAAUCAAAGACAAAGCAGAUGUUAUUGGUUUGCUGGAUCUCCUACAUGAGAUCCAGGCAUCUAGUUGAAGGAUGAGAUAGAAGCAGAAGGGAAGCUGACACAGAACACAAGAAAACUAAGAAUAGCUAAGGUGCAACAUACAAGAUUUGGGGGGAAAAGUCUUAGAAACACCAAGGAUAAUAAGACAGGAAGAAUAUAAAGCAUUGCAAAUGAGCUGCACAAACAAGGUUUCAUCUUGUAGCAGUGUAUGUUUUCAGAGAUAACAUUGUCAAAAUCCAAUGGGAUAAAGUGUUGGAUUUUCACACAUGAGACAGAUCCAUAUCUCAUGGGAUGAGAAACCUGUGACCCUCCAUCUAGCAUGACCAAUUGUCAGGGAUAAUGGGAGUUGUGCCCCUGCAAUAUAUGGAGUGCAAUAGAAUUCCCAUCCCUGCUUUAAGUGUCUUAGUCAAGUCAUUGUAUCACAGACUAGGGAUGGGGCACUUGUGACUGAUAUGGUGUUUGACUCCAGCUCCUAUCAACCCCAGCCAGCAUGGUCAAUGGUCAAGAAUUAUGGGAGUUCAGCAACAUCUGGAGAGUUCCCUAAAAGUUCCCUAAACUGUUGCAGACAUAGUUCCUCAUAUUGACUUCAGGAGCUGUAGUGAAAGUCAUUGAUGAAACACUUGUAUUUUAAAAGUAAUUUGUAAAUUGUUAACAAUAGGGUAAGUAUUUUGAAGAAUGAGAAUGAAGAUACAGUACUGGCUGCCUUGUUUAACAGCAUUUGGUAUUUCUGUCUAUCUUUUUUCAAAGUCACUCCCAUAUGAAGAUUUAUUAAAGCAAAAUUUGAGCUAUGAUGCUUCAGAACUGAUUAUAUAGCCUUUCAAACUGAAUUGUUUUGUCUUUUAUUCCAGGGCAUUAAUCUUUCUGGAGGUCAACGCCAGCGGAUCAGUGUGGCAAGAGCUCUCUACCAACACACAAAUGUUGUAUUCCUGGUAAGUUGGCCAUAACUAAAUCCACUCUCUAAACUGAGGAUUGCAAAAUUCUGUUGUACUGCCCGCAUAUAGCCAUCCACCUGCACAAUGCUAAUAUUAUAUUAAUUAAUAUUCAAGAUACAGUGAUAUGACACCAUGGAAAUGAGACCAUUAUAAGUAUUCCAGAAUGGAUGAGGGGCUAGGUUUUAGCAUCUUUUUGCUCAGAAGCUAUGAACAAUUUUGAAAAAAAGGAAUUCCUGUGAAUUUAUUUUACAUUAUUUUAAUGCACAUCUAGAAAGUUUUGUUUUCAUUCAUAUAGUAGGAUUCAUAUGGAAGGUUCCACCUUUCCUGGAAGGUCAUAAAAAAUAUGACAAAACAAAAGCUACUUCUCCUGCAAAAGUAACAGUGCACCAUUACUGAGGAAAUAUCUAAGUAUAUAUUUUGUCUUGGUUAGGAUGAUCCUUUUUCUGCACUGGAUAUUCACUUGAGUGACCACCUCAUGCAAGAAGGAAUCCUGAAUAUGCUAAGAAAUGACAAGAGGACUGUUGUUCUGGUUACCCACAAACUACAAUAUCUGCCCCAUGCUGAUUGGGUGAUGAAGCUUUCUUUGAAUAUAGAAGAAAAAAGUGAUUUGCUAAUAUUCACAACCUGCUUGUAUAUGUUUGCAUGCCUGGUUCAACAAAAUAUAAGCACUCUUAAACAAAACUGACUUCAAUGAAAUGGGUAUUUAAUUAUCCAUCUGCUUGUGUGCUGUCCUAACAUCUUUACAGCCCUGGUUAAAUAUUUUAUUUUGUGACUUUGCACUGCCAUAGCCCUUGGCAACCCCAUCAUAGGUAAUGUAACAGCAAGUCCUGGAACCAAUUCACACUUUACUUCAGGAGUGGGGAACCUGUGGCCCUCCAGAGGUUGCUGAAUCAUUCAUUGCAAUCAUUCCUCUCCAUUCGUCAUGCUUGCUGGAACUGGUGGGGAGUUGAAGUCCAAUGACCAUUAAAUAUGGGAGCAGAACUUGGGAAGGGACUCUAUCUUCCUAUAUUGCUUGUGAUUAAGACAUUUCAUUUACUUCCAGGGUGUUCAAGCAAGCAGCUUCUUGGUGUGCUUGCAGGUGUCAUAGAUAAUUUUUAGGUAAUAUUGUAUAUACUUUAUGACAAAGAUAAAAUGGACCAUUGUCAGUGGCAUUUAGGUUCAGUCCAUAAAAAUGCCAAAAGAUUAAGUAUGUAAGUAGACCCAAAAGAAAGGAACUAAGCACAAUUUGAAAUACAGCUCCUUUUAAAGCACCACGAUAGACUUUCUAAAAAGAGUGGCAUUGCACACUCAAAACAAGUUCACCUAUUAGAAUAAAAAAUUUUAACACAUAGCUUAAUUCUGCUUGUCAUUCACAAGUUAUGUGAAGUUUAAAACUAUCUUUGGAUGAGGGAGAACAAGCCCUCCUUUAAGCAAGUAAAAUAAAUAUAUAAUCAAAAAAGAAAGAAACUUAGCAGGAAUUAAAUAUGAGUUAAAAACAUGUAUACUAAUUAAAGCAGCUUUUAAUGUGUGGUGUUUUUUUUUUAAAGAACAGACUUUGUUGACAAGCUAUAUCUUAUAUUGUUUCAGAUUAUUGCAAUGAAAGAUGGUACCAUUCAAAGAGAAGGCACUCUCAAAGAUAUUCAGAAAUCAGAAUCCGAGCUCUUUGAACACUGGAAAACACUCAUGAAUCGACAGGACCAAGAUCUGGAGAAGGCCAGUUUAGUUUUUCUUUAGGUUUACAUUACCUGAAGCAUUUGUAGUUCAAAAAUAUGGAAUGAUAAAUGAAAUUCAAAUGAAUAGCAGGACAGUCCAGAAUCCAGCAGGGAAGAACAAAGUGGGGGAUCCAUCCCAUUUGUGCCAACCAGGAUGGCGGUUAGAGAUGGGGCAGUUGUUUUGUCUUCCUUCCUGUGCCAGCUCCAGGCUGGGGGUGCAGAAGGGUCCAGAUCGGAACCUUCUCCGACAAAUGGACUAGCUUUGAAUCAAAUAGAUCCAUCACUAGCCUUGCCUGUUUUGAAGCCAUAAACCAGCUACCACCAGCAGAAACACUGCCAGACAGAAAGUUCACAUUAGUAAUUUUACCCUGCUGCGUUUCAAGCCACAGUUGCACAGUGUUGUUCACAUCAGAGAAAGGUUGGGAAUGCAUUCCCCUGGUGUGUAUGAUCUUUUUGGUGUGCAUCCCCAGAACACAGCACCCCCAAAAAAGCCCCUCCUAUUCAUUAAGCUGCCAUCUGCACAUAAUGUGCUGACCUGCAUAUGUGAGAUGACUUACUCUACAUCUAGUUUUCUAGUCAGAUUGAAGCUAGUUUGAGAAAAAACACAUCAAGCAGCAGUUUUCGUCAAGAAACUACAGGAUUGAUAUGGAUUGUGGCAGCAUCAUGUGCAUGCAGCCUCAGAAACUAGUAAUGGGAGGACACUUGCUAUCAAGUAAGCGGUAAUCACCUUGCCAACAAAGGUUUGAAUAAUUAAAGCCAUGGUUUUCCCAGUAGUGAUGUAUGAGAGUGAGAGCUGGACCAUAAAGAAGGUUGAUCGCCGAAGAAUUGAUGCUUUUGAAUUAUGGUGCUGGAGGAGACUCUUGAGAGCCCCAUGGACUGCAAGAAGAUCAAACCUAUCCAUUCUGAAGGAAAUCAGCCCUGAGUGCUCACUGGAAGGACAGAACCUGAAGCUGAGGCUCUAAUACUAUGGCAACCUCGUGAGAAGAGAAGACUCCUGGAAAAGACCCUGAUGUUGGGAAAGAUUGAGGGCACAAGGAGAAGGGGACAACAGAGGACGAGAUGGUUGGACAGUGUUAUCAAAGCUAUGAACAUGAGUUUGACCAAACUGCGGGAGGCAGUGGAAGACAGGAGUGCCUGGUGUGCUCUGGUCCAUGGGGUCAUGAAGAGUCAGACACAACUAAAUGACUAAACAAUAACAACAACAACAAGCGGUAAUCUGAACAUACCCAGAGAUAGCUUCUCAUUCACCUGCGGGUGCAACAGGGGCCUCUGCAGAGAUGAAGUCCCCAUGCUCACCUGUCUGCAGCAGCAGAGGCCACCAGAAUGUGGAAGAGGGGUGCCUUUCCCGUUCCUAACCCCCUCUAGUGUCACAUAUCAGGAAUUAUACAAUGAUACUUCAUCACUCAGUUUGGCAAGGGAGGUGUUAUUCUUCUGUAUGGUCUGUACCUGAAACCACGUUUGAAUCAACCUUCCCAAAGAGAUGUUCUUGCAUAAGAAAACUGGAAUUUGACCAUAGUAAAUAAAAGUAAGGUCAUAACAUACAAAGAAGAAGAAAUUGGUUGACUUAGGAUGCAAUCCAAACCAUGGCCUUGGACUAGAGCUUAACAGAGUGGUAGGACCUCAGCCCUGCAGCUGACACCAGGCAAGGUGGAAGGCAGCAGGAGGGAAAUUGCUGCAAAAACCUGGGAGUGGCAAAAGAAUCGAGCCCAAAAUGAGCCUGAUGCCAUCAUGUAAUGCAGUGGAACCAGCUUGGGAAUCAGUGGGUCCUGGGCAGCCCCUCCCCUCCCCUGCAAUACCCCAUUUCAAAGUAUUAUGUGGACUGCUGCCAGGACACCACCCUUUUGAGAUAACACCCUUUCAGGACACCUCUGUCCCAUCCAUAAAAGCACACUAGCACAAUGGGGGUUUGCUCUGCAGUGUCCCGUAUUAUGUUUACAUAUUGGGAAAGAUGUUUAAAAUGUGAAUACUGAAUAGAAGCAGGACGAUCAGAGGUGUGGUGCCAACAGGCCUUUGUAGUUGAUUAUUUUUUUAAUUAAUCAGUUGCCUGAAGUAACUAUCCCUAUUAGCUAGAACUCUCUCUCUCCUACUCAGUACAUUAUCUCUCAUUUGUGAAUUAUGCUCACCCUCUUGGCCAUAGCUAGGUAUAAUCUGAUUGUUGUUGAACUUAGCUGUGAUGCUCCAAACCCUGGUGUUGAAAUGCAUAUCCUGAUCUCUUAAUCUUAGUUAAUGGCUGAGCUGCCAUUAUGUCUGCUUCACCCUCAAGUGAUAGAUGGCAUUGGCUAUCUUGAGAGCCUGGUGUGUGUAUGCCUAAGGGAUUCCUAAUUCAUGACAGUUAAAUGCAUUUUACUCGCUUCAUUUCUAACAGCAGAUUGAUUUGAAAAUAUAAUUGUUUGGAAACAAAACCUUUAAAAACGAAAAACCUGCACACUCAGUGUCACUUGUUUCUCCUGCUUUUAGGAGACCUUAAUCGAACGAAAAGCUGUGUUAGACAGGACAAACCUCCAAAGGACAAAGAAUUCUCGAGAAACUCUUCUCCAAGAUGAAGAGGAGGAUGAAGGUGAAGUUGUAUUCCAAACAGGACUUUUCUGAAUAAUUUUUGUCAUUCUGUCCUUGACAGUAGUUCACAACGCCAAUAAAGUAUUUUUUAACUGCUGAUGUACAAGUCAAAGGUAUUCUUUGUUUGCUAGCACAAGUUUAAUAGGAGAUUCUUGUUUCAGCAGAACUAAUUUUAACUGCACGUUAGAGCCAUAAUUGAACAUUCAUGCACAUGUAGGUAUUUAUUUCAUUGUGAAAGACUUCAGAAGUAAUACAAGGGUCACUUUUCUUGUGGACUGCUAAGAUUGGAUUACUCCAUGCAUCUAUAAAUGAUGGUGUCCCGAGAAAAUUCUGAAGAUCUGUUAAAUAAUUUAAACUCUCUUUAAAUGUGAGAGUAAUGUGAGAAUAAUGAAUGGCUAGUCAACAGACCUACUAUUUUACUUAUUUUUUUGUAGAGCUUUUAUUUUCUAUCAUAGAAUUCUUAAGCCACCACAUUAUGUAAAAGUGGUUUAUUCUUGAAAGAAGGAGCCACUGGAAUCAGUGUAGAUGUGUUAAAAUAUCCUCUCUUUAGAUUUGUAUCAGUGCUUUAGUCUGUCCGCAUUUACAUACUCUUUUGUAUACAUUUGAAUAUACGCACAAAACACCUGAAAAUAUCUACAUAAUAUUUUGAGGUUUUCAGUUCAUGUGUCUACUCACCCCACCUACCAUGCAUAGAGCAAAAUGGACAAACUGGAAGAAAACUGCAAUCUGUUACAUACUUGCUUGCUAGUAAGUCCCCUUGAACGUGGGCCUUGUUGUGAAUAAAAAUGCAAAGAUUAAACAUGUUAGAUCACCUCUGGAAGUAGUUUAGCCCUCUAUAUGCUGUUGGACUACAUUAUCCUUGAGCAUCAGGGCUAGGUCAGCCAUUAGCCAGUACUGCAGCAGCAGGGCAGACGAUGAUAGCAAGGUAGUACUUCCCAUUUUGCCUCAAGUGAAGAAAUGAGACAUGCUGCCCCUGUGGAGCAUUGACCAUGCUGGUUGUGGCUGAUGGGAAUUGUUCUAGCAACUUCCUGAAGGCCGCAAGUUAGCUACUUGUGGUCUAGGGGCAAGAAAAGCUAGUCCUGUUUUUCCAGGACUUAACGUAUUGUUAGCACUACAUAAAGAUGAGGGGGAGAAAGGUUAUUUUACAGUACAAUAUUCCUUUACAGAUGAAAUUCCAGAAAGUGAUGAUGAUGACAAUCUAUCUUCUGUCCUUCACCAAAGAGCAAAGAUGCCUUGGCGAGCAUGUGGGAAAUACCUUAGCUCAGCAGGAUUCCUCCUCUUGCCUUUGCUGGUUCUUUCACAACUCCUAAAGCAUUCUGUUAUGGUGUCCAUUGACUUCUGGUUGGCACAGUGGACAUAUGAUGCUAUUGCUUUCAAGGUGGGACCCACAGAGAAGAACUGCUCUGUUUGUGAGGUAUGGUGCCUUCUAAGAUCCCAACACUGAUCUCUUGAUGCAAAGUAAUAUCUUCCUAGUUUUCUACUCAGGUAUAUACUAUACAAAAGUCAUAUGCUCUCUGAAGUUGUUUACAUUUCAAGUGGUCCUUGAAAAUAGCAUGAAUAGAGAGUAUUACUAUGUUUUGUUUUGCUUUCUGGGAUGUAGCAUUCUAGAUACUGCAAAUUGUUUAAAAAGAAGUAUUUUAUGCAUUUGCAGUACUGUUGCAAUGCAGUCUUCAACCAUUUUACUAGGGAGUAAAUCCCAUUGAACUCAAUGGGAUUUCCUUCUGAGUGACAUUUUAGGAUUGCAUUAUGAAUCUAUAAAAGCACAUAUUUCGUCAUGCGAACAAGAUAGCACAAGUAUUUUGAACACGUAAUGUGGAUAUAUAGGGCUGCCACCAAACAUGGUAUCUCAGCGUUUGUACUCACAAUUUUCUGUAAACAUCUAUUGAAAUUCUUUCAUGGCAUGACCUCAUGAUGUGAGUUCCCCUUCUGCAGCCCUACAUUACUAUUAAUCAUAAUUAACUCAUCAGAAGAGUUAAGAAUUGAAGCAACCAUUACAAUUAUAUUUUCUAAAACUCUUUCAUUUUCCUGUACAACCAUUAUUCUCAACUAAAGAAUUAUAUCUUAUGUAAAUUGCAAUGGCAUGGAAACUCUGUCUGUGUUAAUAAAAAAGACAGAAUCGAUUCAAAGAAGAUCAACAUAAUUAAGUUACUUGUUUCAAGGAGGGAUUAAUUGUUCAUGUGAGUCAGAUGUGAUGCUGGCAUUAAUUAAUAAAAAAAUGAGAUUGAAUCAUUUCUGGCAAUUUGUGUUUUAUAAGUAAGCAAUCUAUUUUAUUUAAACUCAUAGGGUGAUAGCCAAACUCUGCACAAGCAGACUUCUACUUGUGCAAUUGAACCUCCUCGUCCUCCUUCUCCCCACUGUGCCCCCAAUCUGCUCUAAAAGAUCCCCAGUGCUCCAGAGGAGACUUGUGGGGCCAUAGCAGACAGCAGUGGGGAGGAGAAGAAAAGGCUGUCUCCUUGCAGAAGCAGAAGUCCAUUCCAUUGAUGGACUGACAUAGUCUGCUCUUCUGCACAGUGGUUGAGGAUAAGUAACAACUAGAUGUGCAUACUAGCCCAUUUCUGCUAUAGUCAUUGUAUUUUAAAUGUUUAAUUUCAAGCAUUGCCAAAUUAUAUAUCUGUAUCUUAGCAAACCUAAAGUCUAAGUGCUGAAUGCUUUAUUUUCAUAAAUAUCAAGAGAGACUGAAGUAAGUACCGUAGCUAUGUAGACAGUUAAAUGGGGAAAUACCCUACAGUUAUUAAUCCUGCAAUUCUACAAGUUUUGUGUUUUUUGUUUCACCAUUUUUCUUCUCUGUCCUCUCUUUUAGGAAUCCAAGUUUAAUCAUUCUCCUUAUACAAGAAUAUUCAGCAUUCUCUGUUGCCUUGGAAUUAUAUUGUGUCUUGUAACAUCAAUAGCAGUAGAAUGGACUGGUUUAAAAGUUGCCAAGAAACUACAUUGUUUUCUGCUGAAUAAAAUUAUUUUGGCCCCAAUGAGGUAUUCUACUAUCAUGAAAUUCAAAGAUAAUGUUGUGAUAACAGUGAUUAAUAAUUGUUGUUUGUUUUGUUUUUGGUGCACCCAAAGAUCCCAAGGGCGAACUGCAGUAGCAUAGAGUUUCUUGUCCAAAAGGCUUUUACUAAGCAAACAAAAACAUUGAUAGACCAUAUGAAUGGCCUUCUCAGCAUCCUAUUCUAACCCAGAGUUCCCAUCCAUUAUUUCCAAUUUAAUCCAAUAUACCAUAAUCCUAUCCUAAUCCAUAGUUCAUAACCCUAAAGAUCAGUACAUCUUCAUCCAGUCCCACAACAAUCACUCAAUAAUAAUAAUAAUAAUAAUAUAUCCCCAUGCAAGUAGAUAAAUAGGUACCGCUCCGGCAGGAAGGUAAAUGGAGUUUCCGUGCGCUGCUCUGGUUUGCCAGAAGCGGCUUAGUCAUGCUGGCCACAUGACCCGGAAGCUGUACGCCGGCUCCCUCGGCCAAGAAAGCGAGAUGAGCACCGCAACCCCAGAGUCGGUCACGACUGGACCUAAUGGUCAGGGGUCCCUUUACCUUUACCUUUAUCUCAAUCCAACUAUAUAUUACACUGCACAAAUGUAUUACUGUCCUAUCAUAGAAUCAUAAAAUUAUGGCACUGGAAGGAAGCAAAAUGCUAAAAAAAGAUCAGUCACUCCAGUCCCCUACACAUGCAAUUCAUAUAAUUGUUAGGAGGAGAGAGCUCUAGGUGUAUUGUAAGAGAUGUUCCUCUAACAAUUAUAAUUUGCCAUAGUUGUCUUGUCCAAUCUAUGUCCAGUCAGUGGUUCAUGCUCUCAGGGUGGGGCUUUGACAUACAAGUGCCCUCAACAGAGUGAGCUCCAAAACUCAGUAGGGCUAGGCUAAUGCAUUUUGAAAUAAAUGAAGUGAUAGAUAUUUCCACAGAGAUAGCCAAUGUGAUGCACUCCAAUUGUCAGGGGUGAUGAGAAUUGUAGUCCAGCAACAACUAGAGGCCACCACACUGUCUACCCCAUCUUACCAUCUAUAGGGAGGGGGGGCACCAUAACAAGAUUUGAAGUAAUACACAUUAGCAUCUAAAGAGGGAGUAAGAGCAUUAACUCUGGAACCUAACAUUAGAUCCAAGGGUUAAUGAUCUUACUCCCUCUUUAGAUGCUAAUAUGUAGUAGCAUCUAAAGUCCCACUGAGUCCAUUACUUAUUCCUGCUGCAACAAUCUUCCCAUUGACCCUCUCAACAGUCUCCCAAUGGACACUGUGGUAUUCCGUUCCUUUAAAUCUAUUCUACUUUGAAGAGUAUUCUAAUGUUUCACUCUUCAGUUCAGAAAAAUAGAGCGUACCAUGGCUGUUUGAUUACUGUGACUUUAUUUGGGAUUGGUUUUAAACUCCUGAGACCUUUUAUAUCUCAAACAACAUAUUAAAAGGGAUUUUUACUGAACAGAUACGCAGAUAUACAGUUAAUAUCAGAAUAUAUUCUUGUUUAGAUGAGUAAAUAACAUUUCCUUUCUUUCCAAACCCAAUAAAUGUUUGGCCAUCAUUUAUGUUAUGUUAACAAGUCAAUGACCAAUUUCCCAUCAAAUUCAUCUUUACCAUCCUCAUGGAAUACGGUGCCUUUUUACAGGCCUCAAAGAGGGAAUUGCAUCACAGAAAUCACUAGAGGCCUGAUUAGGGUUUUGAUUUCUAAUUGUAAGGGAACAUAGCGUGAAUAAUGAGGAAGAGGCCAUUUUUUCUUUGUUUAGUAUAUUUAAUAUUUUGUGUUCCUGUUUAUACUAAAUGAAGAGAUAACUGAUUUGAUGGGAUGUAGCAUAAAAUGUGGAAAGUAAAUGAAAUGCUCCCAUUCUAGACUAUUAUGCCUUCUCCCCAACAUGCUGUAUUUUUAGAUGAAGGGAGAAUUCAGACGUGCAAUUUCCCACCUGCAAUCUGAAGUCAUAUAAUCCUCCCAUGUGCUUUCCUCUGAAUUUGUGGAUGGAGUCUUAGAACCAUCAUCCCUUAUCAUUUAAUAAAAUAUUAAUAUCACACUAAGCUUACACUUUUUCACUUUUUGCUAUUCAUUUGACCUCCAAAUAAUUUGUUACCUGUAUGCAAUUCUUUGUAUCUUUGAAUAGAAAACUCUCAGUUUAAUCGUAUCAUUCAAUUUGUGCAAUGAAUUGAAUCUGAUGAGUGAUUCAUACUUCUAUAAUAUGUGUAUAUAUUUGAUAGUAGUUUAAUUAUCAGGAAUUAUAUAAAGUUUAUUUGAUAACACAAAAUUCUCUCAUUCCCCAGUGUUGAACAGAGUUAUGUGGAGUUUGGUAUUGUUCGUAAUCCAGAAAUAACUGAAAUAGACAUUAAAUCAGUUUUUAAAUUUCUUUCAAUGCCAAACUUGGUGGUCUCAAUUGCCUAUUACAGGUUUUUUGAAACAACACCCCUGGGAAGUAUCUUGAACAGAUUUUCAGCCGAUUGUAACACUAUUGACCAGGUAGGCACACUAAACAAAAUAGUCACUAAAAGUAAAUUCUGAUUUCUUCCAAUCACAUUCAGUGCAAAAUAUAAUCUAAAUGCAAACUAUAUUUGGACUAUAGUUGAACAAUAUGAAUAAUGUUGCUAUGGAAUGAUAUUGAAGUAUUUUAUACAUUGUAGCAAUGCUGUCAGAACGUUUUAUGUAACUAAUAUAAAUUUCCAUGAGGAAAUCCUUUAGAAUAAAUAAAAAAGGAGAACAUCUCAUUACAAGAGAAUGUAAUUUGAUACUAAAAAUAAAUAAAAAGCCUAUCAUACCUUCAGGGUCUGAAGAGCUACAUCAAAGUACCUUGGCUAAAACUGUGGCUGCCUUUUUUUUUUUUUUUCAUCAGCCCAUUUCCGUUAGCUUGACAAUGACUGGCUUCAGAGGGAACACAAAACCAUGGUUUGUGCUAAACUAAGAACCCACACUGUAGCAUGAGCUUCCAGGUGUCCAGCAGACAAGCCCUGCUUUUGUUUCCCAUCUGCUCAGGACUCCGCUUCAAAAAUCACUCCUGCAUUCAUGGUGAAGCAGCCACAAUGGCCCUAACUGUGGCCUGUCAGUUGUCUGUUAUUUCAGAUAUAAUAAUAUGCGAAUUCCAGUUUCUUUUAAUUUCAAACUGCAUUUCCAGACCCUGGUUUGUUCCCCCCGCAAAAAAACAAAACAAAACAUGGUUAUCUGGCAGGUUUCAUAUUACAUUAGUUCAUAUUACAUCUGAAUCCAGACAAUAUGUUGCUUACUUGCUUUAUACUGAACUGUGCCUCGAUCUUCUGUAGGACUUGCUUUCCCAUAUGCAUGACUCUAUUCACCACACCAAGUACCAUUGCCCUCAUGCAAAUUUAACUCAGAAACUGCAACAUGUUUAUGAUCAUAUUUCACUGUAGGAAUAACUUCCCAAUAUUUCUCUUAAGCAGUUUAUCACAAAUUUAGAAGUAACAGGCUUCAGUGGCAGCCCUAACUUUGUUCAACCCAGGAAUACUGAAUGUAGACACAGCAAUAAUUAAUGGCUUAUUCAUAUUAAAAUAAGAAUGACAUUCAAUUUUUGAAUUUCCUAAUAGGCUUUCAGGAGAUUCCCAAUUGGCAACCCAGUCCUGUGCUAUUAAUUGUGCUAUUAAUUGUUUAAAAAUUCAUGCAGACUAGUUUCUGCCUGAGCAAUGAAGCUAUACAAAGUCUCACUAAAAUCCUACAGUCUUUUUACUGAAUAUUAUAAUUAUUAAAUAUUUAUUGAAUUUUUAAAAACCAAGUAUCAAACACAAAUCUAAAAUUAAUUAUUCAGCACUAUACAUGGCCUUGUUUUGAAAGAGGGAAGAAAGAGAAAAUGAACUGUUGAUUUCAUGGUAGCAUUGAUUUAUUUUCAUUGCACUUAAUAUUUAUUGAUUUAUUCUGUGUGUUUAUUUGCUUAGCACAUUCCCGCCACCCUGGAGUGCUUGAGCCGUUCUACCCUGCUCUGUUUAUCUGCUCUUGCUGUGAUUUCGUAUGUUACACCUGUGUUUCUCAUAGCUCUAGUUCCUCUUGCUGUCAUAUGCUAUUUCAUCCAGAAAUACUUUAGAGUAGCAUCAAGGUAAGCAAUUCACAAGUAUGUCACAGUGUAUGAAAAAUGGCUUGUUUAUAUGUAGGUAUAUGACUUUGUAUUUAUGUAUAUAUGAGUCUAUGUAGAAGUACAAAUGGAAAAGAUAGCACAUCUAGCCCAUGUCUGAAUUAAUGAUUAUCAUCUUGCUUUUCCUGGUAGCUCCUGCCUUAUUUUUACUCUUUACAACAGGUACCAUUUUAGGCUUAGACUCCCAGUUUGUUUCCUGGUUAGACUUCUGCAUUUUAACAGUUGCAUUAGCAAUAAAAUACCCAUUAAAUAAAGCUCAAUUUCUUAUCGGGGGGGAAACUGACUGCUUUUUAAAAAUAAAACAUUGUUUUCAGGGAUCUGCAGCAAUUGGAUGACAGUACCCAGCUCCCAUUACUUUCUCAUUUUUCAGAGACUGUGGAAGGUCUAACAACUAUACGAGCAUUCAGGUAUUUGUUUUAUUUUUAAGUUGUAAGGGUUUUCCAAAACUGCAAGGAAUUUUGUGGUUAUGUACUGAAUAAACUGCCUCACUCUAUUUAUGUAUGAAGAAUUUGGUAACUAUAGAUAACCACAACAAGCCCCAUAAGACUCUAAAUAAUAGUGUCACUAUUUAUAUUACCAUAGUGCUUAAAAGGUACAUUAUAGAAAUGGGUAAUAUAUUUAAGUGCCCGAGUGUAGUCUUCCUCUAGUACCUUUAAGGGCACCUUCAACAUGGGUGAGCAUAUAUUAAUCCAUUGCACAUCUAAACCCGAACUUCAAGUAUGCCCAUGACAUCAUUCCACACUAUUCCCCUGGUGCAGCGACCAUGGCGCAAUGGCGGAGCACCUGCUUUGUACGUAAUAGGUCCCAGCUGCAGCACUGGUAUCUGCAGGUAGAAACCAUAAAGUAGCAGGGGAUGGGAAAAACCUCUCUCUGCCUGGAGAGCUGCUGCAAGUCAGAAUGGACAGUGCUUUGCCCUGUCCUAUGCUCAGCAGUCUUGUUCCCAUAUCUUGGCACAAAAAGAAUUGAUGGAGAAUAUGAGCAGGGGGAGCUGUGUGCCACAUGGCUCUAGUUUGGAAUAAGGGUUGGGGAAGUUGUGCAUACUCUUCCCUAAGCAACUCCUGCCACCUCUGUCCUUUUCAGUGCCAAAACUAAAUGGCACAAACUGUCUGUGUCAGUGAAUUGCACAAACACUGUUCAUCGCAGCAUUUUUUUGGAAAUUAUAAAGUUUAGGUCUGGGGUGGAAACCCUCAGACAAGCCUCUCUGUUUAGCCCUUGGGACACUUCCCAGGCAACACUCCUCACCACCCUGCUCUAUUUUUGCUUGAAUGUGUCCUUGAAGUAUGACAAUGCCUCUUGCAUGCCUGGAUAGAGACUGGAGAGAGGUGUUUGUGGGCAGACAGAAACCACUGACUUUCGCAUGGCUCCAAUGCAGCCUACUAUCCUAAGAGUCACAUCCAAUGCUCUGCGUACAGAUGGUUCCACUGUAGAUUGCUCUGCCCAUUGUCUGCCCAUGGCUGUCAUGUGACCUCCAUAGGUUGACCAUGAUAGCAUGUCACCUUCAGGCUGAAAAAGGUUCCCCAUCCUGGCUUAGGAAAAGCAGUCCCAAUUAGCACGUCAAGAUCACUGGUUGUGGGAUGUGUUUCCUCUUCUCCCAUCUGCAAGCCUUGGUGCCCCAAUGCUAUAGCAACAAGUAGGCAUAAAAUGGGAAAGAGCCAAAUUAGACAUGAAGCAGUACGUUUCCAUUUGUUUCAAUUUGCACAAGGACACCAUCUUACAGUAUUUGUGUUGACUUGCACUGUGCCAUCAUAGCCUGCUAGCUAUUUUAAGUUGUAUAGAGAGGCUGGGUAGACCAUAAGCAGCAAAAUUAGUUCUAUUUAUAUUUUAAUUACUAUGAUUAUCAUAUAUUAGUUAGGCUUCUAGAAUCAGUUCCUGCUAAUUGGCAUUCUAUACCACUGGGAAAACUAAGUCAACCAUGUUCCAUUAUGUAUUUAACUCAUGACUUGUGAUAUAUAUAUAUUCCAACUUUCUCCAGUUGAGAAAAUAAAAAUGUCCUUGUAACCAUUAGCACAGGACUCCGCAGAGCUUUGCAUGAACAAAAACUUCCUUUAAUAUUGUCUAUAGAAGGCAAGCUGGCACCUUGAAAUUGCUGCCUGGCAGCACAAGCUCAGAAUUUAGGCAGGCAAAUUGAAUUCAAAAUAAUUGAUAUACCUCUGACCCAGACAGAAGCGAGCAUUUACCAGCUCCUGUGUUUUAUUUAUUGUCAAGCUAUUUCAUGUGCUAUAUUUAGGCACUUAGUUUCAGCUGCCUUACAUGCAGCAGAAGUGACAUUUGGAUUCUAAUCUCUCAGCAAAGUAUUCAGAUCUUGAGUUUCUAAAAUUAGCUCUGAAACAGAACUAAAUUAAAGAGCUAGAUAGCAAAUCCUUGUUCUUCUUGACCCUCAUGGCAGGUAUUUUCAAUUUGAUCAAAAUAGGCAAGGGGAAAAAUGAUUAUAUAAUGGCAAAUAAAUCUUCAUAAACUAUAUUUUUAUAAACCACUAUGUCUAUAUAUUAUUGCUGCUCAGUGCAUGACCCUUCUACUUUAUCUAAAUUAUUCACCAUAUAUAAAUAUAGCACCUAUUUGCUUAUAUCUGUGUAAUAGUUCAGUAGCAGAGAAUUAGAAUUUAAAUUAAUGAACUCACUGUCACAAGUGUAAUCUUUUGAACUACUGACAAUAUUUUGAAAACUUUCAACACACAGUCUUAAAACUUUGUUGUUCUUUGAAUUCCCUGUUCUGAUCCUCCUUCUAAUUGCUGGCAUGACUAUAAAUGAAAAGGCCGUUGUUACUUAUAUUUAUUCAUAUAAGAUCUACUGCUAGUUCAACAAUUCCUUUCAAAAGAAUCCCUUAUUUUGCAUAAGCAAGCCAUAAAAUAUACCUUGCUAUUAUGAAUGGACAUUCACACUAACAUCUGGGUGUCUCUCAUUUCUCUUUUAUAAAGGUAUGAAUCCCGAUUUAAACAGAAGCUUCUUGAAUAUACAGAUUCCAACAACAUUGCUUCCCUUUUCCUUACAGCUGCCAAUCGUUGGCUGGAAGUUCGGAUGGCAAGUACAUUCUCUGUCAUUAAGUUUAUGUCAAUGGCAAUAGAUGGUUUGCUUUAUCAUGGGAAUUGAUUAGGAUUGCCAGUUUUUCUCUGGUAAAGGCUCCUGUGUCUUUAACAGUUGCAUAACAACCAAAUUCUCAGUUGCUAAAGCUCAAUAGGCAAAGCUUUAUUAUUAUCCUGCUUGCCAGAGGAGUCUUAACUUCUGCUUGUUGCACAUCAGUUAAAUGGAUCAAGACCAUUAUAAGAAGAAAAUCUGACAAUCCAAAUUUGGCUUUAGUUAAUACCAUUGCAAAUGGUCUCUGUAAUGCAAACCUGGGAGUCUUUUUCAACCCAAUGGCCACAAUCUCUCAUGGGUAUCUUUCCAGGUACUGCAUGCCAGUAGUGGGAAGCACCAAAUCCAAAAGGGGGUGGGGCCACAGUCAAAAGUGGGUGGGAUCAAAGUGCAAUCCCCCGCACACUCAUCCGCAUACCAUUCACACAAAUCCAUCCUCACCCCAUCAGUAUGGACACUCCAUUCAUGCAAAUUUAUCCAAUUACUCCACAGGGUCAAAGUAUUAUACAGUACUCACCUCAAGAUUAUUCUCUAUAAUUGCCUCAAUACUUGGCCUGGUCAAAUGUUAGAACCUGACCAGCCUCAGUAAAUCCAAAAGCCUAGUACAGUGGUACCUCAGGUUACAUACGCUUCAGGUUACAGACUCCGCUAACCCAGAAAUAGUGCUUCAGGUUAAGAACUAUGCUUCAGGAUGAGAACAGAAAUCGUGCUCCGGCGGUGCAGCAGCAGCAGGAGGCCCCAUUAGCUAAAGUUAAGAACAGUUGCAGGUUAAGAACGGACCUCCGAAACGAAUUAAGUACUUAACCCGAGGGACCACUGUAUUUGAUUCUGAAGUUUCAAAAAUAGUUAAAAUAUUGCUAUCUCCUUGUGUGCUAUGAUGAUUUCUAUUACUUUUUUUUUUUUUAGGAGUAUAUUGGGGCAUGUAUAGUGCUCAUUGCAGCUGUUGCUUCAAUUACAAAAUCUCUCUACGAUAACCUCUCAUCGGGUCUUGUAGGCUUGGGAUUAACGUAUGCUCUGAUGGUAAGUAAGUUAAAGAGGAGAGGCUCCAGUCAGGUGUUAAAGUUGAUUGGUUUCUGCAUUGGUUUCUGAAAAUAUGCAGCAUAAUAUAGGCCUAAGCAUUUAGGUGUCUCAAGCUUAACAAACUGGCAGCUGGUGGCCAAACACUGUAAUCAUAAAAAUUAGCUGGGGUAAAUUUAAAGUGUAUAAUAUCCCAAUAGUUUUAUUCCCACUAAUAGUUUUAUUCAUAAUAACUGACAGGCAUUUGAGUGGCCUAGAAGAGGGGUUUUUAAAUGGUCAUCCACUAAUAGCCCGUGAGCUUCAUUCAGGUGGUCUGCGGCAUGGCUGUAAAAAUUAAAUUAAAAACCAUACAGAAUCUUGCAUAGCACAUUACAAUUGCUACAACAGGCAGAAAAAAAUAUUAAGUUGUCUGUCAAGACCUUCUGCAGUUUUGAAGUGGAUCGUGGAAGGGUGGAAUUUGGGAACUACUGACCUAGAAGACUGGCAUAGUAGUCAAAUAUUUAGACUUCUGGACAAAUGGAAGCUGUCAUUUUCUUUCAUGGGAGCAGACAGCGACAACUUCGAAUAAUUUGAAAUGUUGGUUAUGAGAUCCUUCCUACAUUCUAUACCAGUUCCAGACACAAAUCUUAACUAUUUAUUCUAGGUCUCUAACUAUCUAAACUGGAUGGUUCGCAACCUGGCUGAUAUGGAACUCCAGCUUGGAGCUGUGAAAAGAUUCAACGGCCUCAUGAAAACUGAGGCUGAAAGUGAUGAAGGGCUGUUGUGUAAGUAUGGUGCUGUAAUUAUUCCCACUUAAAUCUCAUUAAUAGCCAUGAACUUUUAGAAAACUAAUUUUUUAAAAAACAGUUUUCCACAUAUUAUUUUUGUUUGGAUUGCAGCCCCAGCACAAAUUCCUCAGAACUGGCCUGACCAUGGUGAGAUUCAGAUACAGAAUCUGUGUGUUCGCUAUGACAGUACUCUGAAGCCUGUGCUAAAGCAUGUCAGUGCCCACAUCUCUCCGGGGCAAAAGGUAAUACAAAUGAUCACUCAAAGUAAUGACAUUAGCUGUCAAAACCCAUGAAAACUAUAUUAUUGAGAGCAGAACCAUUUCUUAUUCCAGAAUAUUGUCCCUAUUUUAAACAAGAUGAAACAAUAUAAUCUCUUCCCUCCCCCCCCCAAAAAAACCCCCAUUGUUUUGAGGUUCAUGUAAAUGUUUUCUAUAUUUACACUUUGGCAGCUGGAUCCUAAGCGUGUUUACACUGAAGUAAAUCUCACUGAGAUCAGUAAAACAUGCUCUCAGGUAACUUUGCAUAGGAUUGAAGUUGUAAAGUCAUGCAUAUAUCUUCCAAGCCAAUGGUAUUAUACAAGGAGAUCUGAUACCCAACAGAAAUACACAGUUUAUAAAAAGGGUUUAUAAAGUCAAAUCUCUAACUGAGUUCUGCACCCUGCUGCCAUUGUGGGCAUAAGAAAUUGAAACUUUAAAAAUGGGAGGCUUGAAAUGAUAAGAGAAAUAUAUUCAGUAUCCCUGUUUUCAAAGUUUUUAGAUCUAUCCUUUUUCUAAAGUAAUUAAGUGGAUGCAUACUGCAAAGCAAGAUCCCUCUCACACACAGACACACUGAAUUGGAUGCAAACUGGAGGUGUAGGGUAAUGAUUGUGGCCAAUUCCUCUUGCAGCCUCUAUUGCUGCCUCCCACUGUUCUGGAGUCUACUCCAACCCUGUGGAACAAUUUUCAGGGGGCUGCAGGGAAAAGGAAGAAUCAGUGAAAACUGCUUCUCUGCCCAUUUAUGUCAAGCAUGAGUAGAAUUCCACUGAACACAACUCUGGCUCCAACUCAGCUUAUGGAGCAAUAAGCACUGCUAGUAAUGUAACUGUACCCCAAGCUGGUCAUAAAUUAUCUGUCUUCUCAAGAAAACAAGCAAAAAAAACCCCUUCUAGUCUGCCAUUCACAUGUAGCAUUACUUACUAGUGCUUGUGGCAAUCACUCUGUACCUGUGUUUCCCAUUCUAUUGAAUUAAUAUUUUCUUUGCCAUUCCCAUUAUAAAACUGGUUUAUUUAUGAUUUGCAGAUUGGCAUAUGUGGCCGAACAGGCAGUGGAAAAUCAUCCUUUUCUCUUGCCUUUUUCAGGAUGGUUGACACCUUUGAAGGUAAAGCUACAUUUGUACACAUCAGGAUGAGUUACUAUUAGUUUCAUUUGUAUCUGUGAUCCUCCUGGCUACAUUUCAAAGAGGAGAGCACAUCUCCUUUUCCAGUUCCUGCCACACCCAUCUCCCAAGUUGACAUAAAAUACUAUUUGACUUGGCUGUUUGCUAUCUCUGACAUAAUACAGCAGAGCAAGGUGGUGACCCCCCCUUUUUUUUUUAUACAGACUUACUGGUAAAAAGUUUACUUUCUGCAUGGUAACUUACGUUUUAGCAUGCUUGUACUGUUAAAUAUAGCUGUUUUUACUGAUGUCAGUGGUAAAAAAAUUUCAAUUUUCUGCAGGUGAUUGUAAUAUUUGAAAAUAUUGCAGAUUAUUAUCUGUGUAUGUAAAAUGACCUCAGAGUGUGAGUUGAGCUCCAUCUAGUGGUUGAAAGCAAAAGCCCUGCUCCAGCUAGAACUUUCAAAGCCUCUCUCUCCUUUAGAACUUGAGGAUUCCAAAGGAGGGGGCAAUGAUUUUGCCUUCAACCACUAGGUAGAGCUCAACUCCCAUACUCUGAGGUCAAAUUUUUACAUGUACAGAAAGCCCUUUUGCAGGUAACAAACCAAAUGGCCUUAUUCAUGAUGAGAAUCCAAGGCUUUUCUGGCUAAGUGACGUACUUAAGAAUAUAAGAACAUGAGAACAGCCUGCUGGAUUAGGCCAAUGGCCCAUCAAGUCCAGCAUUCUGUUCUCAUAGUGGCCAACUGGAUGACAGUGGAAAACCUGCAAGCAGGACCUGGACACAAUAGCACUUUCCUAGACUGUGGUUUCCAUACUGCCUCUGACCAUGGAGAUAGAGCACUGACAUCAUGACUGGUAGCCCUCUCCUCUGUGGUUCUUUUGUCCAUCAACUUAUAUGGCUUUAGAAGAGGAGUAAAGGUAAAGGUACCCCUGCCCGUACGGGCCAGUCUUGCCAGACUCUAGGGUUGUGCGCUCAUCUGACUUAAGAGGCCGGGAGCCAGCGCUGUCCGCAGACACUUCCGGGUCACGUGGCCAGUGUGACGAAGCUGCUCUGGCGAGCCAGCACCAGCGCAGCACACGGAAACGCCGUUUACCUUCCCGCUAUAAAGCGGUACCUAUUUAUCUACUUGCACUUAAGAGUGCUUUCGAACUGCUAGGUGGGCAGGAGCUGGGACCGAAAGACGGGAGCUCACCCCGCCGCGGGGAUUCGAACCGCCGACCAUGCGAUCGGCAAGCCCUAGGCGCUGAGGUUUUACCCACAGCGCCACCCGCGUCCCCUUAGAAGAGGAGUAAAGCCAUCUAAUUUGGUGGCCAUGACAGCCUCCCAUAAGAGCAAUUCCACAGUUUAACUGUAUCUUGCAUCCAGAUACAUAACAGCCACUUACGGUAUUUUAUUUAGAUGUCGGCAUUAUAAUCUGGGUGCCUAAAUUUCAAAUCCUAUAUAUCCAUUUACCUACAGUGAAGUAAAGAGGGUUUAAGCUGCUGUACCUAUAGUGGCAUCCUGAGCGAGGUGAAUGAGGUAUAUUGCUUUCUGGCUUGAGUGCCUGUGAGAUACAGCUAGAAAAAUAAGCCAUGUGAUGAAGCAUAUGAACACCAUUCAUUUUUUUACAAACAACCCACAGGAAGGAUCAUUAUAGAUGGCAUAGACAUUGCCAAGCUUCCCUUACAAACACUGAGAUCCAGGUUGUCAAUCAUUCUCCAAGACCCCAUUUUGUUCAGCGGAACAAUACGGUAAGUGUUAUAAUCAUCAUGUAAGUAAUUAGGCACGUUUGUGAUCAUGGCCUGCACUAUCUGUCACUGUUUGCAAUUUGCAUGGACUGCUGUUGCAAAAUCACUGCUGGCUGCUGCUGGGACUUGCUGUUCCAUCUCUCAAAAGGGAAAGAGGAAUGUCUUCUAUAAGAAAAGGAGCCUGGAUAACAAUAAUGGUUCAAUGCAUUGUUGUUUUGGAUCCUCCCUGGGUCCAAAAAUCACAAUUCACUGGAAAGGAAUUACAGAAAAGACAAUUGCAGUAUUUCUAGAUGGAUCCCUCCAUCCCAUUCUUUCAGUAUAUUAUGGUAUACUGCUGGAUUUUAACAUGAAAAUAUGUGGCUAAUUACUUGCUGUGUUUACCUGAACACAGCACAAAUGAUUUAUAACACGAUGGUCUACUUAACCUUUCCCAAUGAUUUUUGUUACUUGGGUUACUGCAAGGCAUGUACAGUAUGUAUGUUGUUGUUGUUUAGUCAUUUAGUCAUGUCCGACUUAGUGACCCCGUGGACCAGAGCAUGCCAGGCACUCCUGUCUUCCACUGCCUCCCGCAGUUUAGUCAAACUCAUGCUGGUAGCUUCAAGAACACUAUCCAACCAUCUCGUCCUCUGUCGUCCCCUUCUCCUUGUGCCCUCCAUCUUUCCCAACAUCAGGGUCUUUUCCAGGGAGUCUUCUCUUCUCAUCACGUGGCCAAAGUAUUGGAGCCUCAGCUUCAGGAUCUGUCCUUCCAGUGAGCACUCAGGGCUGAUUUCCUUAAGAAUGGAUAGGUUUGAUCUUUCAAUCUAUGGGACACAGUCAUAGUAAAAAACAAAACAAAAAAAACCCCACCCUUGGUUCUCUUGCCAGACUGGCAAUAUUUUGUGCCCUGUUCUUUAAAGUGCAUAAGAUACCAAGGCAAACAUUACAUGUGGCUGCUUACCUCAGGUGUCAAAAAAGCUAAAUGGCUUGAUGCUAUUUAGUUGUUUUUCUUUUUUCACAGAUUUAACCUGGAUCCAGAAAAGAAAUGCACAGACAGCAUGCUGUGGGAAGCUUUGGAAAUAGCACAACUGAAGCAUGUGGUGAAAGCUUUACCUGGGGGGCUAGGUAAUAACUCCUUUACCUCUGAGGAAAUCCAAGCAUUAAAAAUAUUGUUAGUUGAAGUUAAGCUGCAUAGUAUACCUUUAUUGGAAGUGAAAUUGUAGAAAAUACACUAUACGUGAUGCAUUUUUUUUCUAUCCUGCUUUGAUCUUGGUCAAACUGGUUUUCAACAUUUCUUCAGCACUUCAGAAAGAUACCAGGAAAGACUUAAAAUGAACUGGUUCACAUGUAACAUUAAAUCCAUGGUCUAGUGCAGGGGUGGGAACUGGAACCACCCAGUGGGCCAUAUUGUUCUCUCUCUCACUCCCCAUGGGCCACAUUUAGCAUGUGGGUGGGGCUGCCCUGACAGUCACUUGACAUCACAAUGAUGUCAGGUGACCCUGUUUUGAAUUAAACUGUGAACAAAUGCACAGCCCACAAAGCACUCUGCAAGACCCAAGACACAAGUGCUGGCAAUCUGAGCCAGGUGAGGGCAGGUGGGCAUGGCUUGACCAUAGUGGCCUCACAGACUAAAUGGGGAGACCUGGUCAGAAGUUACGCACAAGCCUGAAUGAAGCUUUGGGCUCCCUCCACCUCUGUGUUUAGGGGGAAGGAGGCACUCAGAGAUGGCUUGUCUCCACCCACCGCCAUGACAGGUAGGCUCACAUGAUGCAGCUGUAAAGACUUAGAUAGGCAGAGGAGACUCCACCCUAGUUCCUUCUCUCUCAGCAUUUGGCUUCUUUCCCACUCCUUCACUGUUUAUUUGUUUUUGAAGCACUACUUUGGUUUUCCUCUUACCAUUUCUUCCUCUCAAGUUCUUUCCUGCCAUUUCCUCUGCCUGAGCACGGGGCUCGUAGAGAAAGGCCAUCUGUCUAAAGAGAAAACAGAACACAAAGAGAAGUCAUAAGACUGGUGAGGUGCAGGUCCAAAGGUGCUGCUCCCCCACUACCUCAACAAUUACUGUUGGCUCUUAAGGCACGUUGUCACUGGAACCCAUAUAUUUUCACAGGUUCCCUCUAAAUAUUAAUUUUAUUCCAAUCAGAUGCCAUUGUCACAGAAGGUGGAGAAAACUUCAGCCUGGGGCAAAGGCAACUGUUCUGCUUGGCUAGGGCCUUUGUACGGAAGACAAGUAUCUUCAUUAUGGAUGAAGCCACAGCAUCAAUUGACAUGGCAACUGUAAGUUUCUACAGACUGUCUUUACAAAUGACAUGUCCCUGAAAAGGAAGCAAAAUUGUUAAUUUCUUUGUUUUUUUAAUUAGGUAGUUUGCACACAAUGUUUCUGUUUAUGCAUGUGUGUGAAUUAACACAAAUAUUUGUUAAUCUGCUUAUGUAGGAAAAUAUUCUUCAAAAGGUUGUAAUGACUGCAUUUGCUGAUCGAACUGUGGUGACAAUUGCAGUAAGUAUUGUAUUUUGCUGCUGAGAUGCUUUUUUUGAAUGUGUUAUACAAUUUUUAAUACACCUGUAACAUUGUCAUCAGCCUGGUCUGUUCGCUCUUGCUUCUAAAAUGAGAAAUUUCCUUUAAUUUUCAAUCAAUUAUAUUAUGUUUCUCACAUCUGAAUCAAGACAAUUCUUCUUCCCAUAACAAAAUAAAAUGCUGCCAAUAAAAUAUUAUUAUUAUUAACAUUUCAGGGGGCUCAGUUACAAUGUGUUUAUAGCCAUAAGAUGUUUUUGUUUUAAUUCAGGGAAACUCUUUGCAACAAACCAAAAUGAAAAUAGUCAGCUGUGAUCCUGGGGACUGCCCAGAAGAGAUUCUUGCCUUGGGAUUUCUACAAAGCUCUUUCCCAGCAGCAGUUCCCAGAUGUCUUGCUUGUGGUUUUUCUGUUUCUCAGCUAGCAUGAACUGGGAGCACCAUCUGGGAAAACUGCAUAAAACCCACUGAUCAUGACCUGCUAUUACCUAUUAACUAUUUCAGCAGGUGGCAUUCUGAAAUUGCAGGCUUGAAGAGCAUUAUUUCUGUGGAUAAGAGUUUUUUUAAAAAAAAAAAUUAACAAAAUCAGUUUCCGCCAUGGCUCGGGGGAGGGGGGUCACCAUGCCAAGGUGUUUACGGUAUGCUGAACAGCUUCUAUCAGUACAGAAAGGGGACAGAGGAUGUUGAGCACAAAGAGGGCUAAGAAGCUCCUAAAAAGGUAGAACCUUCUAAAAAUGAAGGAUUCUUUUAAUUUAUUCCCUCACGUUGUGACUAUGAAACAAUUAAAAUACAAUAAAGAGCAGAAUAAAUAAAUCAAAUUAGCAAAAUCAACAAGGGAGUGAUGCUUCGAACCGAGUUAAGAAGUAGAUUUUAAAAGAGAGAGAGAGAGAGAGAGAUCAUGUCACAUUUCACCUAAAGCUUAAAAGAGAGGGAGCCAACUGAACCUCUUUAGCAAGAGAGUUCCACAACAGAACUUUGUUGCUUCUGGAGUAACUAUGCCUUUGUGGGUGGCAAGAUUGGUUCAUAUGACAGGAAGCAGUCCUAUAGACAUUCUGGCUCCCUAUUAGUUAGGGCUUUUAAGGUAAAAACCAGCACAAAUUGUGCCUGAAAACAAAUGUAGAGCCAGUCCAAAAAGAAGCUUUGUGGCUGCCUUGAUCAAUGAAGUGCUAAUUACAUUCCAAUGAGCAAAGAGAUUUUCAGCAGAACUGAAUCAUUUUUUUUCUCAUACUUGUAUUUUCUAAUAAUCUAAAAGUAUAUCUAUCACAGAUGGUUACAUAUAUAAUUAUAAUUCUCAUCCUAUCUAUUUCAUUAUUAUUUUUUGUAGCACCGGGUGCACACCAUUCUUAAUGCAGAUAUGGUUAUUGUAAUGAAGAGAGGAGUUAUUCUGGAAUAUGACAAACCAGAGGUUCUUCUGGAACAAGAAGACAGUGUGUUUGCUUCUUUUGUCCAAGCGGACAAGUAAAUAUAAAUAAAUUAAAUAUUUGCAAGUGCAAUUUUAUUAUCCAUUUUAUAAUUCAGUAAAUUACCUGUAAAUAAAAAACAAUUUAAUAAUA